AUGGGGCCUUCCUCCAGUGGGAGCCAGGCAACGGUGGCCUCUGUGGUCACCAGCACUUUGCUUGCAGGCCUUGGGUUUAGCAGUAGUGGUAUUUCCUCUUUUCCUAGCACCGUUUGGCCAACUCGCCUCCCGACCUCUGCCUCGACCAAUAAACAGUCGGCGAGGCCCGUCCUCGCUACCACAGAGGCUUUAUCUUCCUCUCCAGCCCCGGAAAGCGAUUCCGCCCUCACAAAAGACAAUGAAGGCGCAGAGGAUGGGGAAAAGGACGAGAAAAGCGAGAGCGAGGAUGGGGAGAGAGAGCAUGAAGAAGAGAGAGAAAAGGAUUCGGAAAAAAGAGAGAAAAAUGCUACGACUGAGGCUGCCGAGGUACAGGAUAACACUGAAGCUACAGACACCACUCUUGCUCCCAACAGGACUACGGAGGGAGGGAAUAAAACCAUACCUGAUCAAGGGCAAAGCCAAAACAUUUUCCCAACAGGUAGGAGUCCCGGACAAGAAGGAGAUACGGAAACAGACUCUCAAUACGAAACAGUCCCUUCCACCCAAGUGCCACCAGCAUACACAAAUGAACAAUACACUCGAGAAAUUCCAAUAAGACCAGAGACAGCAUCAACGACACCCUUACCAAAAGACAACAGAUUUAUUACCAUUAAUCCAGGUGAGUUAACUGUGUAGGUACCAGGGAGGGGAAAGUGUGGGGUCGGGACUGGGAGUGUGUCAGAAAUUGUUCAUCGCAACAAAAUGUCACUGAUGCUUUUUGGCUGCUUUUGUAGUGUUGUAGCACCAACAUUUGGGUUCAUGCUUUCAGGAAGCUUCAUUACAUGUUCUAUCAAACCCUUUUGUAAUUACUGUGCUCAUGAUUAUUUCGUACAUUAAAUUUUUCAGCAUGGAAUCCAGCAUCCAGAUCUGGGGCGGCAAAAGGAAGGGUAGAUGUCAUAAACCCUAAAUGGAAAUAAAUAGUUUGUGUGUCUCGUGACAAUUCUCCACACCUUCCUAAGAAGAUUCAUCUUGCUUGCAUUAGAAGCAUCACCCCAAAUGUUGCUAGAGAAUGGAAUAACUGCAAUAGGUGUAGGCUUACUUUGAACCAUAUUCAACUCAUAUUAAGUAGCCUUGGUUGAUUCCAUCCACACACCUCCCAAGCUUCUUUUCAUUUGUGGGUCUUUUAUAGCGGCCUGAGUUCAUGACUUCACACAACACCCCCUUGCCCUGUCCACUUUAAUCAGUAUUUGGGUUACUCAAGACAGUUUCUAUUUGGCGAACAAGACAAGCAGUCCUCUAGUGCUAUUGUACCUGGUUUCAGAACUCAAAAUUCACUCAGUAUAUGGGCAAAUCUACUAUGUGAGAAGCAGGGGAUGACACCUUCCUCCUGUUGGCUAAUUUUAAACUAGGUAUCCUGUUUCUCAAUUUACUUGCAUGCCUGAAUUUCUCUCUGUGUAGGUGUGAGUUUGGGUGUGCACCAGUGUUCUGUUUAUUGAGCUCAGAGGCUGGUAGGUUUCUUCAAUUUCUCUCACCAAUCUGCUUAUGAAAUCUUAAUGUAAAUUACUUCACUUUUUCUCUCCUGUUUUCUUCCACCCUCUUUUCUCCUUUGCCUCUUUUGCUGUUGUUUUUAGUCACAGGCAAUAUUGUUAAAUAAAAUCAUAUUGAAUAAUAGUGAGGUGGGAAGGCACAGAAGCUAAUAAAAGAGUAGAAGCCGUCCUUUAAAAAGUGGAAGUGCAAUCCAAGUCAGCUUGGGGAAAACUCAAGAACAUAAUUUCUGCCAGGUGUAUUAUAUGUAAAACAAAGGGAUGUUGGGUGCAACAGGAUAAUUUUUUUAAAAAAAAACCUACAAUUUUGUUUCUCAAAUACGUUGUAUAGAGGAGGCCUGCCGAAGGAGCAGUAGGGCCACUGGACCACCACUGUGUAAAAGGAGCACUCAAGGAUGACAGGAUAGAUGAGUUCUUUGCAUCUGUCUCCACAAAGAGGGUAUAGGAAAGAGGCCACACUCCAACAAUUCUUCUUGGAUGGUGAAUUGGAAGAAAAAGUUGUACAGAAGAGCAAAUUCAUUGGUUUUGGGAGGGGUGAUUCAACCAGAUAAGAUGGCAUUCGCCCAGGAGUUCUAAAAGAGCUCACAUUCAAAAAUGAAAUACUGACUUGGGCACCCAGCCUCUUUUUUCUGACAUUAUCCUCCAUAGAGCAUUUGAAAAGGACUAAUGAAGGGCCAGUCUUGCAUACAUGUACACAAACACACCUCCACAUAUGAUCCUGGAAGCUAUAUAGUCAGCUAAAUGUGACUUGAAUUAUUGGUCUAUUAGGAAUAUUUUUUAAAAUGUUAAAAAUGGAUUGUUUAAAUACUUGGUUGUUAGAGGAGGAGUAAUAAUCAUCCAGUGUGUUCCUGGCACUGGGAAGAACUCAGUCCCAUUUGAUUGAAUACCUGAGAAUCUAUGGGGAAACCCCAGAGUCCCCCAGAAUGGGAAAGGAGCAAGUAUACUGCCAGAUUUUACCACCCACCAUGGCCUUAUAACUUAGUCCUGUUUGGAAGUUAGCAGUAGGAAUAUAUUGAAGAAAAAUUGCAUCCAUUGAAGAAAUGAAUGGAAGGAAUUGUUCAGAAGUGGCUGAUCCAUUCCCCCAUCUGGGGAGACCUAAUCCAUCCCCUAAGCAAUCCCCACCACCAAAUGAUUCCAUUCUUUUUAUUGGUUGUAAAAAGAAAAUAAAGCAGUCAAUCAGCCCACUACCCUGAUGAAGAUAUAAAUGUCCCCUUCCCCAGUCAUAAAGUCAAUCAUUGGAUGAAUGGUGAUGGGAUGAUGACCCUCAGCUGAUCUGCACAUCUCAACUGAGAUUGGGGAGUUUUGUGGUUAUGUCUUCUGUGUGUGGGAACAUGUUUGUGCAUCCAAAAAAAUGCAUGUGACAGUGUGGGGUGGUCAAACUCAUCACUGACACAUGCCCACCAGAAGGUUGGCUGGGAGUGAAAAUAGCCCAUCAACCCAAAAAAGCUAGCUUCCUCCAAAACAGUUGCAGUUUCCUAUAGACCCACAAAGGGGAGACCAGCUUUCCCUGGAUAAAGUGACAGUGAUGUUAUCUAUUUUUUCCUUCCUCUUCUCUACUCAUUCAGUAGAAAAGUCAAGAGCUACUUUUUGACAGCUUAGGUUUGUUGAUUUGCUUGAAGUUUGUUUUAAAAUAUUUCCCAACAUUCAAUGCAUUGUGCAAUAUUUAAAAACAGCUCAGUGAGAUGAAAUCACAAAGCAAGUGGCAAGCGAUAAUGAUACAAACAUCCCCAAAGUCAACAAAACACCUUCCACAAAGACAAAAUCGUACAUUAGAGCAGAGUUGGAGAAUCUUACCUGUGGCCCCUCAGAUGUUGCUGGAUUUUGACUCCCAUCAGCCUUAGCCAGCAUGGCCAGAAGUCAGGGAUGCUGGGAGCUGUAGUCCUGCAAAAUCUGGAGGGCCACAUAGGAGCCCCAAAUCUCAACCCUAUAUAGUGCCUUUCUCCCUCUUCCUUAUCUCUUUGUCCUUCAAACCCUAAACCACAACAAUAAUAAUUUUAUUAUUUCUAUGCCACCCAUCUGCCAGGAGUUUGAACAGGGGCUUAGGUACAAGGCAACACUUAGUGCUCCUUUCUCAGCUCACUUCUUUGCCUUCACAUCUUGUCUAACUUGAAUUAUGUCUAUCCUGUACCUACAUCUGUUCUGCGUACUGUGUUGCUUUCCUUCCUGCUAAAUAAAUGUUUAGCAAUUGUCAUACUAAUUGUGUGCCUUGUGUUUAUUACUUACAAAUCUAUCUUCCAAGCAUUGAGUUUCUCAGGCUGGUGAAAACACUGGUGGUUCAGUAGCUGCUUGGGGCCUUCUCACACUAUAAGACCCCCGUAAACCACUAUGUGGUUGAACCUGUGCACACUGCCAAUAGGAACAAUUGGUGGUGGUGUGGAAAGAAUCCCCAUGGUGAGGGCUGACUACAUGGAGUGAUGAGCCACUUUGUUCCUUCUUUGGUUCUGCUGCUCUGAACUGAGCCAUAGUUUGGCCUUGUGUUGAAUCAUGGUUUCUUUCACUCCAGACAAACCAUAAAGAUUUGUUCUAUGGCUCAUGGGUUUGUCUGGAGAAAUAAACCAGGAGUCCAGGGGAAAAGGAGCAAAGCAGCUGCAAUUGUCAAAACCAAGAGGAUUUCCAUGUUUGAUUUCCAAGUGUACAUCAGGAAUAGAUCACAGUAAUCUAGCCAGAUUCUCCCCUCCCCUCCCUAUACUCUGCAGGGAUUAAACCAUGGGUCGGCAAACUAAGGCCUGUGGGCCGGAUCAGGCCCAAUUGCCUUCUGGAUCCGGCCCGCAAACAGUCUGGGAAUCGCCACGGAUUCCAGUGCGCAUAUUCUUUCCCUCUUCCUCUCCCUCACACGGCGGCGGCGGCACCUCCUCCCUCCCUCCUCCUGGCUUCUCCCCGCCCUGCCUAGAGGAGGCAGGGGGCUGGGCUUUGUUGGGGCCAGCAGCAGCAGCGCUUGAGUGGCUGCCAUUUAAAGCAGCCCUUCCCCGGGGCCCUUUUGUGCACCGCUCAUCGUCCCACUGCUGCCAGCCCCUGCUGCUCGCAAGACACAGGUAAGCAGCCACCAGGGCUUGUAGUGCUCUUGCGUCAUUUUUUUUCCUCUUCAAAAUAUAGUCCGGCCCCCCACAAGGUUUGAGGGACAGUGGACUGGGCCCCACUGAAAAAGUUUGCUGACCCCUGGAUUAAACCAAUAGCCUCACUGGAGUACUGCCACCUCCCUCCCUUUCUCCCCUAUUUAUCCUGAUAUGCUCUGAUCUUCUCCCUUCAAUAGGCAUAGUCACCAAGAUGAUCCUUUGUGUGUUGAGGCUCAUUUAGCCUCUGUACGCCUAGGCCUUCAGUGUUGCUGUCUGAAUUUCAGUUGUACAGAAAAUUUUUAAAAAACAAGCUUGAGGUUGUGCAAAAGCCUUUGGGAAUAACCUCAUUAGGAUAAUUAAGCAUCUGUGUGGGUUCCCUCUCCCCCCCAUUCUCCAUAUGUGGCAAGAAUUAUUAAGUUAUAAUUUCUUGUGAUUCGUGAAUGUUUUGCACUGCCGCGUGUAGGAGCCUGCAAUCACUAAGACAGUUUGCAUGCAGAUAAACAAAAGAAAAUCAGACCAGAUUUUGCUGGCAGACUGUGUAUACACAAUAUGACACUGUAGAAAAGUGUUGCCAGUCUCAACAGAAAAAAAGGACAUACUAAGGUGUAGAGGGAAGCGAGAGAAAUACCUGCAACUAAAUGGAAAGUAGCGUAUGCUGCUGUUGCCUCUCGCGUUACAGUGAGUAAAAUGCUUUAGCUAGUCAGUUACUGGUUUUUAAAGCUGUCUAUACUUGAAUGGCUUGUACUGUGCUGGAAACAGUAUGCAUUGAUCCAUUUGCACACAGGGUUUCAUGCUCCCAUAGGCUCAUGUGUGUCCUCCAGUUGAAUGGAUGGGUGUUCAUUGCAUGGUGGAAUUCUGGUAAUACAGUGGUACCUCGGGUUAAGUACUUAAUUCGUUCCAGAGGUCCGUUCUUAACCUGAAACUGUUCUUAACCUGAAGCACCACUUUAGCUAAUGGGGCCUCCUGCUGCUGCCGCCACGCCGCCGGAGCCCGAUUUCUGUUCUCAUCCUGAAGCAAAGUUCUUAACCUGAAGCACUAUUUCUGGGUUAGCGGAGUCUGUAACCUGAAGCGUAUGUAAUCUGGAGCGUAUGUAACCCGAGGUACCACUGUACUGUGUUCUGUGGCGUCUGCCUGUAUGUUACUAGAAGAAUGAGAAAUAAAAUGCUUAAAAGGAUGAGAGAUAAUUUUCUUUCUGGUACACAGAAAGGUGACUUCAUAACAUGUAUCAUCUGUUAUGUUAUGUUAACCAAGUGUCCAUUCUCAAGAGCCCAUUAGGGUGGGCAGACAAACAGAAGUUAAUAUGCUUAUCCGGUGCCCCCGCCCCGAUCCCUGUAAUAUCUUGCCUUAACAGUUUCAUCUAUUUCUCCUGGCCCAGAUUCUGAAAUGGAUGAAAACUGCUGAAUGAGGCUUUCCUCGGGAAAGCAAUUGUUAUGGAAUAAGUUACACAUUUCAGUUUGUGGAGAAAUGGCUUUUAAAGUGCCAGUGAUCAUGUUAGGUAGGACUCCCUGAAGCAGAUACGCUAUAAUAAUUUUUAUUCCUUCCUACUGGGAUGCAUUCCAAGCCAGUAAAAGGCAAACUGAAUUAAUUCAGCGGUGACAUAUGCCACAGGAAAGUGUUUGCAUUUCUUAGCAAAACUGGAGUUUCCUCACCCCUACCCCCCCCCAAAAAUGGGCAAAGUUACAAAAAGGAUACAUUAUAUUUGUCUAUUGCUGCUGAGCUGCCUUUGUUUAAAACGGAAAGCUGAAAAUGCUGGGUGGCGGUUGUUGUUUUUGUUGUUGGGAUGCAGGGAACCAGAACCGUCUGUGUCAUUCUGUUUAACGUACAUUUUCCUUCAGUAUUACUCAGCAGGCCACAUUUUUAUAGGCUUCUCAGUGCUGGACCCCUGCUGGUAGCCCAGAUGUACUGCGGACUGUCUGCUAGCACUGAGCACCACCAGUUACUUUUGCUGGUACUUUUGAAUACUCCCUUUAUAUUUGCUGUAAAUACUUUUAAGAUUUGCUUUUAAAAAGCAAAUGUUCAAAUGUGGCUUUCUAGUCAAAUGUACUAUUAUGCUUCCACCUCUCCUGUGCUCUGGGACAGCUCUCUCUCUCUCCCCUUCCUCUUUUUGUAGAUCCAAAUUGUUGGUUAAAAUGGAAUAUUUCUUCCAAACUAAUUAUGUCUAAUAAUAUGUCAGUAGUGCUAACUACUAAAGUCUUAAGCUAGACACCUUUUCCUCUGUUGCCACUGGCUGCUGCCGUCACAUAAGAAGAAAUCAGACCAAAAGGCAGGCUCGUCCGGCACAUUAUCCACGCAUACAAUGCAAAACACCUAAUUAGGACUUGGUGUUGGACUUGGAACUGAAAUUUGCUGGUUUGAAUGCCUGAUCAUCCAUGAAUUUUCUAGGUAAUCAUGAUCAAGCCACUGUAUCCCAGUGUCUGUUGCCCAUAUUGCAAGAAUUAUUCCUGCUUUCAUGUUGCAGUGAUUAUGCCCAUUCGCAUAAGACAAAUGUGCUAAAAAUCUGUAAAGCGUUCUAGAAGUGCUGUGUAAAUGUAUAAAGAGACAUGGGUUUACCAGUAUCGCUGUUCCCAGCUUAAUCUUGUGAAGUCUGCUGUGUAGCGUUCUAGAAAUCUAACACACACAAAAUAAGAAUGUCCUGUAUGCAGGUUUCCAUCUCAUUGGCCAGGAGACCAAGAUGCUUAGUGGUGCCACAAACUUGACAGUGAUCACUUCUGCUGCUUAUGGUGGCUUGUUUGUGGUCCUUUUGAUGCAUUUGCUUAUUCUGAUUGCAUCCAUUCAAGAGAUCUUGAGGGAUGUCUUGACAUUGGCUGUUUGGACAUAAUACUGGCCAUAACCAAAUUAGCUUCUGCACAUUCCCGCUUUACUUCUCCCUUCCUGCAGUAGUGAGACAAUUCAUUGAGUGUUAGCUUAGUGUUGUGUCCAAACCAAGGCUCACAUUAUUGACCCUUGGGUCCUUUCCAAUUCUAUGAUUCUUUGAGGUUUUCUCUCCUUCCAAACAAACUACAGUCAGGAAUCCAAGAACAAAUUUUGCCUUCCCGAUCAGGAUUUGUUUAGGAAACUGGUCUAGCUAACUGACUUAACUGUGUUUUAUGGCCAGUGUUAAGUGCCAUUGUGCCAUGCUGGUUGGGGCUGAUGGAGGUUGUAGUCCAACAGUAUAUGGAGAGCCACAGGAUCCCCAUCGCAGUAUUAGAGCAUCACACUUAAAGACUUUCCGUAUGUAUUAACAGAGGACCAGCUCAGAAAUCCAGAUUCUGCAUCAUUGCAAGAGACCCUAACUCUGUGAUCAUAAAAUAGAAUAAAAAACUUUAUGCUUUGCUGAAGACUAAUGAAAGUUCAGCCACACCAUAGAUUUGGGUAAUGGUGUUAUGAUAUCAGCAGUUUAAUUUUCAAUUCCUUUCUUAAUGAUCCCUAGCAUAGAAAUUGCCUUUUUUCGCAGCUGCCACAUACUGAUCAACAUCUUCAUCAAGCUAUUCACUACAACCCCAAGGUCUUGUUCCUGGUCGGUCACUGCUGGUUCACACCCCAUGAGCAUAUAUGUGAAAUUAAAAUGUUUUGCCCCAUUAAGAUGUUUUGUACACUUGUUUACAUUGAAUUGUGCUUGCUAUUUUACCACCCAUUCACUCAGUUCUAGAGAGAUCCUUCUGCAGUUCUUUUUUAAAAAACCACGCUGAACAAUUUUGUAUCUGCAAACUUGACUUCCUCACUGCUUACCCCAAACUCUAGAUAGUUUAUGGAACAAGCACAGGUCCCAAUACUGAUCCUUGAGGGACCCCACUUUCUUCUUCCCUCCAUUGAGAGAACUGUCCAUUUUUUCAUCCUGUCUGCUUUCUGUUACUUAACCAGUUCAUGAAACAUAAGAGGGCCUAUAUUCUUAUUCUAUAAGCUACUCAGCAAUCUUGGGUGAGAUACUUCGUUGAAAACUUUUUGAAAGUCCAAGUAUACGAUGUCAACUAUAUCACCUCUAUCUCCAUGCUCUCAAAGAUCUCUAAUGGGUCAGUGAGACAGGACUUACUUUUGCAGAAGCCAUGCUGGUUUGGAUAACAUAAUUCAAACUGUGAACAGAGAUAAAAAAUAUGAACAUUGGUAAAAUCUUUGCUUUAAGCCAUGUAGAAACCUGAGUUGAACUGUGACAUAUAGGAGAAACUAUAUGAGGACCCUGUUAGUUCAUUUAAAUAUGUGCAACUGUUUCCCCAUUGUUAGCCUUGUUUAAAGAUUUUAGAAAUUGUCGACAUUGAUCUGUGUACUCUCCACAUUGUCUUCCACGAAGUUACCCAAAAUGUCUUGCUUUGAGGCAUAUAUGAACUCAGGUUUCUAUCUUUCUACAAUAAUCUAUUGUGAGAAUCCAGCAAUUUACGCCUUCAGAUACAUUUUAAACUUCACAGUGAAAAACGCUGCAGUCAAUGAUUCUUUAUACAUUACAAUGUUGAAAUGUUGGGAGGGGGUGGAGGAUGAAAACAGUCAUGGGCAAAAACUGGGAAAACUGAAACAAUAUUCAUGCACCCAAUUCCUAUGACCAUUUGAAGUUGGAACCUAAAGAAUGUUUCAUGAUAGCAAAACAUUCCUAUGUAACGCAACCAAGGUUUUGUGUUUCCAGUGUAAUUCCUUGCUUCAGAAAACACUUGUCUAUGUUUUGAACUCUGGUCUUCACUCAUGUGGAAAGAAGUACCAUUUUCACUUUGGGCCAUUUUAUACAUUACAUUUCCAGGUGUACACAAGAAAUGUAUUGCAUCCACACCAAAAAAGGAAAUUGAAAGCAAUGAAUAUUGGUUCACUGUUAGAAGUACCAUACUUGUCAGGGAGCUGUAAUUGGUUGUAGCUCCUUGCCAAGUGCAUGCUUGAUGGCAAACUCAGGUUUGCCUCUGUGUAAUGUGCAAAAUGGCCUGCUGUUCAAAUUAUUUUGUAGCCGUUCAGUUUCUUCUUGCAGUUACUGAUUUUGUUGUUAUUUGCCAUGCAGCAGACAAGAAUAUUUCCAGUAUGGCAACCAGACCUGCUACUGGCAAAAUGGAAUGGAUCAUUCCCCUCAUUGUAGUCUCAGCCUUGACGUUUGUGUGCCUCAUACUCCUUAUUGCUGUUCUUGUCUACUGGAGGUGAGCCUUUUUAAAACAUCUUUAAACUCGUUGAUUGUAUGCACUUUUGUGACUGCAUUGUGAUUUCUCUGCAUUCAUUUAGCUGUGGUUCUUGCAAUGCAGGGGAUUGGCCUCGAUGACUCUUUGGAUUCCUUCCAAUUCUAUGAUUCUAUUGUUUUUAUUAUUUUCAUCAAGCUAAUCCGAUGACAAAUACACUAAAUACACCUUUGACAAUUGGUAUUUGUUCCCAGAUUUGUGCCAUGUAAAUAAGCUAUGGGAAGGGCACAUGUAUUCUGAAAGUUCUGGUUCACUUAAAGAAUUUCAGGUAAAGGGAAUGAGGAAGACCUCUCCUGAAACCUUGGAUUGAGGUAGGCAAAGUGGUGACACCUGGGUCUUGCCAGACUUCAGCUCCCUUCAGACCCAGGCAGCAUGGCCAGUAGUCAUGCAGGAUGGGAUUUAUAUUCCUGCAACAUCUGGAGGAUCACACAUUGGCUGCACUGAAUCCCAGUACAGAUUUAUUUGUUCUGUGCUUGACGAACUCAGUAUAUUGUCUGACUAAGUACAAGACAGUUUCAUAUGUUUAGGCAAAUUUGCUGUGAACUGCCGCAGGUACUUCUUGCACUGUGGACCGUGCACAUCUUAAAAGAGCAAAUAUGGGUUCAAGUUGGCUUGUUUUAAUAAGCCAUAGUGAAUAUUGUCCAGGUUUUGACAUCACCAGAAGCUGCUUGUGUUUACUUAGAUGUAAGUCCCAUAUGAGGAGGUUUUUCAGUUAUGUGUAGUCAGUGCCUAGCAACAGAUACUACUGCUACAACAACAAUCCAGGAAGAAAUAUACUGGUGAUAAAUGAGUACAUUAGAAAUACUAUGGCAAAUCAAGUGAAAUAUGGGGAAAUACAAUAAUAAAAGAUACAGUGGUAUAAAAAUCAAAUCUACUUUGCUUUCAAAAAUAUACCAAGGGUUGUAUCCACAGGGUAAUUCAUUGUAAUACGCAUGAGUAAGUUAGGUUCAUUUAUUUCACUGGGUUUACUCUGAAUAGAACUUAGUUGGCUGCAGUCCUUGAAUCCCUGUAUCAUAAUAUUGAUUUAUGUGUUUUCUCCCCUCUUGCAGCCAAGCAUAUUCUGUUAAUUUCCACCAUAUUCCAUGUUGUAGCUAGCCAUUGUUUUAGCCAAUUCAUGUUCCAGCUGCAGCAGUUAGCAGCAGUAAGAAGUUUGGUCUUUGUCAAAAGGUUCCAAACUAACUAAUAAUGCUUUGCAUGAACCGUUCCUUCCAAUUAACCCUUCAAUUCAAACAAAGGGCUUAUGGAGACUGUAUUAUUAAACCAACAUCAUAGAAAUCAUUUUCCGAAACAAGACCACCACCCAACGGGACCACCAGAUGUGCCAAAAUUCAGACAUGGCCCCAGAGCUUUAGUUUGCCUUUGGAGUGAAUUCCUCAACUUUUCAAGUUUUUUGUGCCCAAGAAAGCAAUCUUCCACAUACAAGCCUUGCGCAGUUCUCACUACAAGCCAGUGUUGAUUUUUAAUGUUGGUGGCAAUGAGGCAAAAUAACAAGAGUCCAAACUCAGCCUUUGGCUUGGGAGCAUCGAGCCUGGAAACAGGGAAUAGAUAGAGGCAAAGUUUGGUUUUUAUGUUCCUUUGCUGACUGAGUCAUUGCUCCCUCUGGCUGUUACUAGGGUGAUGUCAACAUGGCCUUCUCACACCUCCUUGAGCCGCAUGGUGGGUCAACAUGACAUGUAGCCCAGAGCUUGAAAAUGUAACAGUGUGUCUUUGUGUUCUAAGCACUGUGCUUUUAAUUUCUAAGAACUGUGCGCAAUCAAUAAUGAUUCUGUCUCACAGCACCUUUUGCUGCCCAGUCAUUCCUUUCUUCUUGACACAAACACUCCCCUCAGCAACUUCAAGCUUUGAAUAGCUAUUUACCUUUCUACAUAGCAAAGAAAAAAUAUGCCUUCCUUUCCCUUUUUAAUAAUCCUAGGCUACAAACCUAUGCUGGUAAGUGGGAAUUCGUUCCGCAGGAAAAAAACAUGUAUAGGAUUCGGCUGCAAUUACUCAUAUGCCAUCGCAGUGGUUAGCACUGCAGGGAACAUCUUUCUUUUUGUAAGCUAAGGCUUUGAUAGUCGGCGUUCAGGCCCAGUUCACACUGUUCUGCCAAUCGCUGUUUGUUUUCUGCCUGGAUUGCAUGAAGCUUGUGGGAAUGGUAGGUCUGAAUCACUUGCCCUGAGCACAAAUCACAGUUCUUUAUGCUACCUCUCAACCAACAUUUAGAAAUUUGCAGCUGAGGGCAACAUACAGAACUGUGGUCCCAGUCCGUUUUUUGAUUGGUUGCCAGAAGCUCCAGCUUGUCUUCCAGCCACCACCGUGCUUUCCGUGGAGUCAGGUGCUAAUAUUGAAAGGCUGUGAAGGUACACAUGGGGUUAUUGCCCCAAAUAAGCCACAGAAGGCGCAGAAUGCCACAUAUAGCCCUUUGGAUCUGCUGGGCAAAUUUGAACAUUCCCCACCCCCUAUUGUUUAGUAAUAAAAAGAAUAAACAAAUUAGUUUCCUCAUUCUUUUAAGAUAAGGGUUGCAGCUCGGAGCAUCUGCUUUGCAUGCAGAAGGUCUGAGGUUUAAUCUCAGGUAGGGCUACAGCAUCUUAAAAAGUAGAGACAUCACCUUGCCAACAAAGGUCCGUAUAGUAAAAGCUAUGGUUUUCCCAGUCGUGAUGUAUGGAAGUGAGAGCUGGACCAUAAAGAAGGCUGAUCGCCGAAGAAUUGAUGCUUUUGAAUUAUGGUGCUGGAGGAGACUCCGGAGAGUCCCGUGGACUGCAAGAAGAUCAAACCUAUCCAUUCUGAAGGAAAUCAGCCCCAAGUGCUCAGUGGAAGGACAGAUCGUGAAGCUGAGGCUCCAAUACUUUGGCCACCUCAUGAGAAGAGAAGACUCCCUGGAAAAGACGCUGAUGUUGGGAAAGAUGGAGGGCGCAAGGAGAAGGGGACGACAGAGGACGAGAUGGUUGGAUAGUGUUCUCGAAGCUACCAGCAUGAGUUUGACCAAACUGCAGGAGGCAGUGGAAGACAGAAGUGCCUGGCGUGCUCUGGUACAUGGGGUCACGAGGAGUCGGACACGACUAAAGGACUAAACAACAACAGGGCUAGGGAAUUUUUUUGCCUGAAACCCUGAGCCAGAUAUAGCUAAGUAGUUGUGCUAGCAGAAGCCAGUGCAAUGAGUCCCAUUAGUGCAAUAGGAUUCCCCACCCCUCUCCUCCUCCUGCCCCCUCCUUGAGCUCCAGAGGGCCUUGAAAACCCCCAGAACAGCAGACAGAGAUUGUUCUAUCAGGCAAGCUGAAAAGCCCAAAACUUGUCAAUGUAGUUCUAAGCAAAUGUUUAGUGUUACAUCCAAAGGAAGCCACUCCAGGGACCCAAAUUAGGGAAAGUUACCAGCUCCUAAAUGCUAUUCAACUAAACAAUUGUACAUAUUUUGCUAAGAUACAUGUUUUGAAAGUAACUAUAAUUGAAAACAAGGCCGGGGCCUUAAAAAAGGAAUAAAUGUUCCAUAGUACUCUAUAAUAUAUGAAUCCUUUUCCAAAUAUGUCUAUGUGAAAAUCAUUACUAUCUACUAUAAUUUCUUUUUUUUAAAACCCCUCUCUAAUAUCCUUUUUUAAAUAAAAAAAAUAGUUAUUUUUCUUUAGCAUUGCUAAUGUAAUUUGCAUCUGUGAGCUAAAUCUAAUUUAACUUUGGUAAUAUUUAAUUUAAUAUUAAAAAGCCUUUUGUCAGGAAAAACAAUUGUAUCUCCAUUAGAAUCAAUCCUAAUACAAAAGAAGCAUUAAAAAGUUUUUUAAAAGGUGAAUGAAUAAAGAUUAAUGAUUCAUUUUUCUUAAAAGAUUUGAGAUACAAUUUCCAUUUUCCAAAGGAAAACAUUGUAAUUAGAGGAAUCUGCAAAUUGAAAUUAGCUUGCCUCUUCAUUUUUGCCAUUAAAUAGAGUAUUUAAUUAGCAUUUAUAGUAUUCAGGUUCUGAAUUUAAAUAUAAACUAGAAAAGGACUUGAGUCACACUAUUGUUUACAUGCAAAAUACCUAAAUUGAAUCUGCUGACAAUGUGAAUUAAUUUUUUUCCUAACGAUGCAAAGCACAUUUUCUGAAAUGAUGAGUGAAAAAUCUUACUUUAAAAACCCUUUCCCUAAUUUGCAUACAUAUUAAUCCCUGUUUAAAAGAUACAUUAAUUCUCUUCAUUAAGCACUAGUAAAUGUAUUUUGAACUUCUGAUAAUCAAGUUUGGAAACUGUGGCCCUAUUUUCAGUGCAACAUUUAGCAUCACUGAGCUUUCUUCUGGAUAAUGCUUGUCUACUGUUUGUGUCACGAGGGUAAAUCCCAUUUGCCUUUUUAAAAAUUACAAUGAUUGCAAGCUCUUGUGAUUAAGGAGCUAGCACUCAUCCCCUAGAGUCUCCUCUGAAACAACUGGGUACUUCAGAGACCACUUAAUCCAGUAUGUUAAAAAUACCAAUUUUGGUUUGCUGGAAAAGGUAAUCAAGAUCAAAUCCUAAUGCAAAAGAUGGAGUGCUUUGAGGUUUUUUUUUCAUUUAUUUACGGUAGAUAAGUAGAGGUGAUUGGAAUGUGUUAAGUAUGAUCAGUAUAAUGAGUAGUUGAGAUUGUUGGAAAUCCUAUGCCUAAUUUCAAAAUUCUGUAUUAGAAGAGAUACAUAAGGGUGAAAAGUUAUGUGGAUAGAUUAAUAGGUUUGUUUGGUUGGCUAUUUUCUUAAUGAUUCUAUUCUAUUCAGAUGUUCCAUUGAGAUCAAUAAGGCUUACUCCUGUGUAACGUAGGUAUAAGUUUGACUUUCUCUUAGUCUCAUAAUUGCAUCGACACCUCCCAUCUACCCGGAUGUAAACUGGUUGCUAAUCCAGACUGGUGCAAUCAGUUGAACGGGAAUGAUAUUUUCUAAGUGGUAGUAUGCCAGUUACUUGUUAACAUGCCUGCAUCAAUGCAUAUGGUGGCCAUAUGGCUAGAAAGCUCUACAGUUGUUCAUCUUAGCUGUAACUACGUGCUAAACAUGGUUGUAAAAAUUUGCCUAAGAGAAAGGUGAAACCAUGUGCACACUCAUUUCAGUCACUGGAUAGCUGGAUUGGGCUACUUCACAGCUCUUUAAUACUUCUUGGAUUAUAGUACUGCACAAUAAACUAGAAGUGGAGUUACAACUGUGAUCAAGACCACAUUAUUGGCACGACUACAGGUGCCACAUAAUACCCAUUCUGCAUUAAAGGUAAAGGUAAAGGGACCCCUGAACAUUAGGUCCAGUCGUGACCAACUCUGGGGUUGCGGCGCUCAUCUCGCUUUAUUGGCCAAGGAAGCCGGCGUACAGCUUCCAGGUCAUGUGGCCAGCAUGACUAAGCCGCUUCUGGCGAACCAGAGCAGCGCACGGUAACGCCGUUUACCUUCCCGCCGGAGCAGUUCCUAUUUAUCUACUUGCACUUUGACGUGCUUUCAAACUGCUAGGUUGGCAGGAGCAGGGACCAAGUAACGGGAGCUCACCCCGUCGCGGGGAUUUGAACCGCCAACCUUCUGAUCGGCAAGCCCUAGGCUCUGUGGUUUAACCCACAGCGCCACCCGCGUCCCCUAUUCUGCAUUAUAAGAACUCAAUUAUUUAGUGUGGCACUUAGGAACUCCCUGCCUCUUGAGAUCAAGCAUAUACCUUCACUGUACUAUUUUCUGCACCUGCUAAAAUGUUCUUGUUUAGACAGGCCUACUCAGAUGCUUAGAAAGUUGAGGUAAUUUUAAUCUUUGUUAUGUUUUAUGGUGCCCCCCCCCUCAGUUUUCUUGUUUAAUCUUUUUGUAAACCACUUUGAAUUUCUUUUUUACAGUCAAGUGGUAUAUACAUUUUGUGAAAUUAAAUAAAUAAAUAAAUAAAUACCUCAAUUUGCAGCACUAUAUCCCCAUAGCAAGCUGAACGUGGGCAUGCAUUAGUGAAGUAGGGUUUAAGUUUCAGUGUAAACAAAGAAAGAGUCUUGUGCUACCUUAAAGACUUCACCAAAAAUGUCAAAGGUUUUUGUGGGUCAUAGUCUGCUACUCAAAGCUAAGUCCCAUUUUAAAGUAAUUCCCAUUCUGUUUUGUCUGAAGUAUUCUCAAUGGUAGUUUUCAGUCAGGAAAGGUUUCUCCUUGAGAGGUUUAAAAUGCCUCUGCUACCUCGCUGCAACAUUUUUGAAACUGCUCAUUAAUUGAUUUCCAAGUCCCUCCCCCUCCUGUUGGCAUUGGCAGAAUACUUGGCCGCAAUGAUUUCUAGAGUAAGGGGUGUUGAAGAGCAAAUGUACCAGGGGCCACUAGGGGCGCAUCGGAAGAUGGCUGACAAUAACAUCUCUCCGACCCACAGGGGGUAAUUAGGAGGCUGUGGUGGGAGUAAAUAGCCUCCCUACCCCCCCAGGAUUGGGGGGGGGCCUGCCCUUGCCUGCUGUGCCCUAUACCACCCCCAAAUUUGAGGGGAUGGGAGCACUAGGCAGAAUGCCCUCCUGUGGAUUUCGGCGCUCCUGGACACUGUCUCUGAUCCGCGCCGCUAGCUGCAAGAACUUCAAAAGGAACAAUUAGGAAGAAGCGAAUGCACAUAUUUCAAGGAAGGAGGGGGAGUAAAGACUGCUAACUGAAGAGUUCUCUGAUAAACAAGACAAGUUGGAAGAACAAGAAUCAAUCUUGAGAAAACAGCCAAGACUCGGUAUGGCAAAGGGACUGGAUGGGGGAGGGGAAAAAAACUUUUCUUUCUUUCCUCUAUGUGAUUAAACAAGAAACCCCCCCCACAAGUCAGAAAUGCCGCUUUAAUGACUUAAGCUGUAGAUUUACGACUAUGUGGAGAUAAAGUUCCUAACCAAAGCAUGUUUUAAGAAAAGCGUGGAAAGUUUAAGAGCUCUGGAAUGACGCUGUUAAAAAUACCGUCGCCAUAUUUGCAGGGCAGCAGCUGAAGAAGGAGCAAAAAGGGUUUUCUUGUGUGUGUGUUUCUUUGUGGCUGAUUAGCUGCUCUCCCUGUGCAAAGGUCAGAGGGGGCAGGGUUUCUGUUGAGGCGUGCGCAGUUUGAUCCAUCUUUUAGAUUUAGGGGAGCUAAUCUCAAACGUUUGUUGGGGGAGACCUAGGGUUUUUUGGGGGGAGGAGUUAUUUGUCCUGUCUUCACGCUUUUUAUGAUGGAGGACCGCUGUAGCCACCCCCAACGACACGUUCUCAAGAUGGAGGGGGAGGGAACAGCUGCAGUCGCCUGUGGUUCCUGCACAGUGUUUGCCAUCUUGCCAAAGGUUGCAGGCAGCUUUCCUGCACCAGUUGCAUGUUGAUUGCCCUCUUAGAAGACAAAGUCCAGCAACUGGAGGAACGUGUAGCUACGCUCCAAAGAAUUAGAGAGCUGGAGCUCUUCUUGGAAGCAACAGAGCACACCGUCUCCACCAAGGAGGAGACGGGGACUCCCCUGAGAAGGAGGCUAGUUCACACAGGAGCCAGAUAUAUGGAGAAACGUGACUCAAAGAAGUAGGAGGCCCAGGGUUCGCUCUGAUUGUUUAGAAAUACACAAUCGCUUUGAGGUCCUCUCCCCUAGCAUGGAAGACGAAGAGCAGACUCCAUUUGAGGAUCUCUCCCUCAUUACAGUUGAUCAGGUAUAUGAAGACGAGCAGCAAAGUCAGUCCUCAGGGAAUGUGCAGGCGACCUUGGAAGGGACAGCUCACGGAAGAACCCUGACCAAACCUAAGAGGAGGCGUGUAGUGGUGAUAGGGGAUUCCCUACUGAGGGAACAGAAGCAGUGAUCUGUGGGCCUGACAAGAUGUCUCGGGAAGUGUGCUGUCUCCCGGGGCUAAGAUCCAAGAUGUAACUGAACGACUGCAAGGAAUCAUAAAACCCACUGACAAAUACCCCUUCCUCUUGGUUCAUGUGGGAACCAAUGACACUGCAAGCAAUAGCCUCCAGAAGAUCAAAAGAGACUACGAGGCUCUGGGCAGGAAAUUGAAGCAAUUAAAUGCACAAAUUGUCAUCUCAUCUGUCCUCCCAGUUGAACGACGUGGCCCAGGGAGAGAGGGAAAAAUAGUGGAAGUGAACAGCUGGCUUCGCAAAUGGUGUAAACAGGAACGGUUUGGAUUCUUAGAUCACGGGCUGCAGUUUCUUGAAUGCAAUUCUGGGCUGCAUCAAUAGGAGUAUAGCAUCUAGAUCAAGGGAAGUAAUAGUGCCACUGUAUUCUGCUCUGGUCAGACCUCACCUGGAGUACUGUGUCCAGUUCUGGGCACCACAGUUCAAGAAGGACACUGACAAACUGGAACGUGUCCAGAGGAGGGCAACCAAAAUGGUCAAAGGCCUGGAAACGAUGCCUUAUGAGGAACGGCUAAGGGAGCUGGGCAUGUUUAGCCUGGAGAAGAGGAGGUUAAGGGGUGAUAUGAUAGCCAUGUUCAAAUAUAUAAAAGGAUGUCACAUAGAGGAAGGAGAAAGGUUGUUUUCUGCUGCUCCAGAGAAGCGGACACGGAGCAAUGGAUCCAAACUACAAGAAAGAAGAUUCCACCUAAACAUUAGGAAGAACUUCCUGACAGUAAGAGCUGUUCGACAGUGGAAUUUGCUGCCAAGGAGUGUGGUGGAGUCUCCUUCUUUGGAGGUCUUUAAGCAGAGGCUUGACAACCAUAUGUCAGGAGUGCUCUGAUGGUGUUUCCUGCUUGGCAGGGGGUUGGACUCGAUGGCCCUUGUGGUCUCUUCCAACUCUAUGAUUCUAUGAUUCUAUAUUGGUAAGCUCUGUCGGAGGACUUGAGUCUGGGAGGAGGAAAGAGCUGUUUUUAUACUGUGGGUGAGACUCCUCAGUGGGACUUAAGAACGACAGACCCUGAGAUUAAUGAUGGAAAGAGCGAUGUUAUUUAUGAAAGUGAUGAUAUAUGGAAACCAUCACGAUAUGAGGAUUGGUCGAACGGAAAAAUCCACACAGGAUAUAAUUGAUGUUUAUCUGCUUAAGGAGAUUAUCAGAAGAGAGCAUAAAGGAAAAAGAAAAAAUGUACGAACAAGAUGAGAUGUGGAAACAGCAAGAUAAGACUGGAUAGAAUUAUGAACUUUAUCUGGACUGAUUUGGAUAUGAACGCAGUAGCAAGAAGAUGAUCGGAAUCCUCCUUUGAAACUUGAAAUAUGGGUCCCCUCAACAAAAAUUUAAAAUUCGGCUUUGUAAUUCGGAAUUUAUGUGAUUUGAUUUGAUUUGAUUGGUCGGUUAAUAAAAAUUAUAUUUAAAAAAAAAGAAGAAGAGCAAAUGUACCUGAAAAUGAUUGCUGUGGGGAUGCUAUUUAAGCGCAAAUGCUCCUAGAACUUUCAUUGGGACAGGAAGGAGAAAGCCAAGAUUUCUGCUAGUGAACAGCUUGUUCUAGGCUAAGCAGUUUAAGAACACAAAGCAGCCCAGCAUCCUGCUUCCCAUAGUGGCCUUGAGGAAGCUCACAAGCACUACAUGAGGGCAAUAGCCCUCUGCUGCUGGUGUCCUCCAGCAACUGGUAUUGAAAGGCAUGCUGCGUCUAGUCUAGAGAUGGUCUUUAACCACCAUGACUAGUAGGCCAUGAUUGCUUUAUCCUCCAUGAAUUUCUCUAAUCCCCUUUUAAAGCUAAGUUGGUGGGCUAUCACCACAUCUUCUGGAAGCAAAUUGGAUAGUAUGCCACAGCAGUGAGAAGGAGAGGCAGGGCAGAGCCUGGACGGAGGCGGGAAUAGGAUCUGGUACGGACAUCCUGAGAACUUCCAUCCCAGAUCACUUGCUGCCACCUUCAGACUCUACCCUGCUCCCCACCUCUCACUAGUUCACCCAACAUGAGCCAUCUGCUCAGAUAUCUUACAGGCCUUUGUCCAUUGUGAUUACUUCAGCUUGACAUGAUUACUUCGAAAUUACUUCAAAGGGCUAUGAGAAACUACUGCUGCAGUUGCCAGGAAAUGCCCUACUCCAAGAAGAGAGCGAGGAAGGACGAGACAAGUUUUCUGGUCCGUGUUUCACUUAGGUUAAAUUAGCAUGAUGCAUAUGACACUUACUGCUUGGAAAGAAAGUUUUUUGCAGCUGAACUGGGAUAGUUCUGAACCCACAAAUACAAAUGGAAUGUCAUGCAGUAUUUUUAUAUGCUUUGUGCUCUUCUUUUCCACUUACCCUCUUGUACUGUGGGGUGAAAGUAGGACAGGAAGCUCUGGGGAAAGGCAAAAGUAGAAAUGUGGGGAGUUCACCUGCCACAUAAUCCUGCGGCAAGAUCAGGCCCCGUGGAACAAGCAGGAGAAUCGUGCUAAGCUGAUUCUCCUAUAGAGAGAUAGCACUACUGUUCAGUUCUUUUUCAAGUUGGAUUUUUAUUUUAUUUUUUGGUCUAAGAAAACAGGAGGAGGGAGCAUGGGGAAAACACAAGAGGGCUAUAAUUUGCUUGAUACUUUAUGUGGAUAAGCUGUAAAAGGGGGGGGGGGACCUGAGUAAACUAAGAACGAGAAUUCCACAAUUCCUAAUGCAGACAGCCUUUCUCCUCCUCCGCCUCCUCCGCCUCCUCCUCCUCCUCCUCCUCCUCCUCCUCUUCUUCUUCUUCUUCUUCUUCUUCUUCUUCUUCUUCAUUGUAUCCCGCCCAUCUGACUGGGUUGCCCCAGCCACUCUGGAUGGCUCCAACCAUUCUCUGCCUUGUGAAUAUUAUGUUUUAGAAAUCACAAUUUGCUAGGACCCUCAGCACCUAAAGUAAAGCCUCUGAAGGAAACAAUAAAUUGUUUCCACCUACUAUGAUCUGAAAUUCAUGAAGCAUGUUUCCUCAGCCUCUGUAUGAAUGGGCCAAAACAACCAUUAUCAGCACCAUGUUUACAGCGAAAUAUGGCCCAAUGUAUUAAUUUGCAUUUUGUUGUAGGCCUGAGCCUCCUACCAUCACCCCCCAUUUCAGAUUCUGUAUUUGGCCACAAUGAAAAGUUAAAUUGUUUGAUUGUGUGCACAUAUUAGGAUGCUCAUAUAUCUAUUAAAAUUAGAAUUUUGUUUUUCGUCAUAUUUUGUGUAAGCUCUAUUUAAAUUAGUUUGUUGCAGAACAGAGUUGCUUGAUGGGUAAAUUGGUGGAUCAGAUUCAAUGUUAACAAGUUACUUGUCUGGUAUAUUGUAUAUUGUAUUAUCAGGCAUAGUUUUGUUCAGACGUCACACUGAACACAGGUACAAGCUGUCUUCUCAUCUACAUAUAUUUGUGCAAAAGAGUGAAGACAUGUUGAUUUGUACAGAUUAACUUUUGUGUACACAGGUACCCAAACUAUACACUCACUGAAUGGUACCUGUGAAUAACUGCAUGAGCAUACAACUCAAUGUGCACACUUGCACAGCUUGUACGUUCGUCGAAUGUAACGUGAACAUCCCUCAUGUGGCUGUGUUUUGCAACCAGACUGAUAUAAAUGGCCCCUCCUUUUGUUGCAAACACCAUAGCGUAGUUCUCGCUGAUUCAGUAGUGAAAAUAAACGUUAAUGCAAUGGUCGUUGAUCAUAUCUCAUGUACAAAAAAUGUGGGGGGGGAUGUUUUGUUUUCUCCCCUUUUGAAAAACAAUAAUUUAAUAUCCAUUUAAGUGGCUUCAGCAGAGAGCAGCAUGUAAACUGACAAGCAUCGCAUCAGGCUCUCCAUUCCAGAAUUCCAAUUAGGUGUUUGAGCGGCAGAUUGUCAGCACACUGGUUAUCAGCCUUGUGUGGUUGUAGUAUAGUGGGGCCUAAUUUGGAGUCAGGAGCCUAUUGCACCCCCACCCGCCAAACACUUUCUAAAUUUCAUACACCAUCAUUUAGAUUCUGUAUUACUCUAACGGAGUGUGCAUUGUUUCCCCUACAAAUUUUGCCUCUCCUUGGUGUAUUGACACAGGGAGGAAGUAUUACAGAGGGGUCGGGGGAAGCAAACCCUGUUCCGAAGCUAGAAAGGGGAUGUUAAUUAAACACUGUAUAUUCCCCCACACGCCUCGCUGAAAUAUAAAUGACUCAUUUGUUAGUCAACUGAAAUUAUCUUGCCCUGAACAUCUUGUGCUCCUGUGACAAGGUUUGCCUGCGCAUGGAAAAUCACUUGCGCUGGCCAUUUUCCGAGUUUUCUAAACUGCUGUGUUGCUUUGACAUGUUGUUCAAAUGAAUUGUAUUUUCUGCUAGUCUGAGGGAGGAGGGAGAGGAAGGAACUUAGCUAUUUCAGGCCACAAUCCUGUAUUGCCAGAUAAUUUAGGUUUUAGGUGGUUUCGUAUCUUGAAAGCUACGUUUUCUGAACUUAAAACUUCUUUCCAAGUCACAUUUGAAGACUGCCCUGUCCACACACAUUUGUCCAUGGCUGCUGCAAGCAAUUCAUAUGCAGAGAGUCAUGUUUGAAAUCACUUUCCUGCAUGCUUGUCCACUCAUGUGUUAGUGUUACAUGUAGCUUGGGAUGCUGGUGAUGUCAUACUGACAGUGGCAGUGGAAUAGCACACAGGAAGGAAUGUCAUCCUCUUCACAUGGGUCACCACUACAAAUGGGCUGGUAUAUUUAAACUGGCCCAAAACAUGUGCUCUUCUGAAAUCAAGUUUUCCUUUGCCUUGAUAUUCUAUCAGUGUUAGGCAUCUUCUAUAUAUGUAUAAGGGCAGUGGCCAUAACCAUAUUUUCACAUCUCAUAAAAGAUAGGAAAAUCAGAAGCUGGGUUAUAGCAAGUCAGGCUGUUGGUACAUCUAGUUCACUUUUGUCUACUCUGACUGGCAGUGGUUCUCCAGGUUUUCAGGCAGGAGGCUUUUCCCAAUCCGGAGAUGCUUGGACCUUUUGCAUGCAAAUCAUAGGUCCCUUCAGUGAGCUACAGCCUCUUCCUCAUGCUAAUUCCUCAGGCUAAGAAGCUUAGCUCUCUUUGUUCCUAUAAUUUCAGUCAUUACUCCUGUUUGAAUUUAAAAGUCUCCUUUAUUCUAAUGCUCUAGUCUAGAACUUUGCUGCCUAAUUAGGAGCUCCUGCAAAUUCCUAAUUCUAACGCUUCAGAUGUUUCGAUAUGCCUUGAUUUUGCAGACAUUCUGCAUAACAAAUGUUUUUCCCUCAACAGUCUGACUUGCUGUAUUUUGGGACUGGGUUUGAAACUUCAAAGGUGUCCUUGAUUAUUCCUGCCCACCCCUCUUCUCUCUCUCCCUCUCUCAUUUUUCUCUUUUGCAAAUACUUUGCACAAAGGUGAUUUGACUUGGUCUCUCUUUUGAUCCGAUACAUUUUAUGACCUCUUACAAAGUUUGUAUAAUCAUCAGUUGAGAAACUGUGCUAAGCUGUUCUUUCUUACUCCAUUUGGAAUUUGUAGUAAGUAUUUUUUCUCUGCUUAAAAAUCCUGAACAAGUGCCUCAUCUAGCCUAUGACUUCCAGGCUGAUUUCAUGGAUCUCGGUGGAUGGAAUAACAGAAGGAGCCUAGACUAACAGCCUCCUGCCCUUAAAUAGCACAUCUGGUAUCCAUCUUGGCCCUUGUAAUGAUAGGGAGAUAGGGUGUUUGUAAUUCAUUAUGGGUUAUGUGCAGAGUUGGAAGACAGGCCUGCGGCCAGAAAUGUUGUGUACCUAAGCAUACCUGGGGGGGAAUGGGGAUCAUUUCUCAAUGCAAAUCAGCAGAAACCUAACCAUAAAUAGUGGAGUUUAAUUCUAAAUUAAACUGAUGUAUUACAUUUUUUUAAUACCACCAGAUGCCCUAGUAUUUCUCAGCUGCCCCAGUACUUUGCCACUUGCUGGUUAAAAAACAAUGGAAGCCAGGAGCAUGAUUCUAGUGACACAUUGGAUACAGUGCUGACUGCGCAUUUUCCCUCUGUAGGGAAGCUGCUGGGAACUCCCCCAAAGGCAGCAGACAUCUCCACACACAACUCUGGGACAGUGUUGUGGAUAGUAUUAAUGUUGUUACAAAAGCCGGACUCCUGUCCCUCUCUCCACCAAGCCAUGGCAAGAGCGCAUGGGAUCUCAGACACACACACAGGGUCUGUGUCCCUUUGGAAAACAGAAGACACAGUAGAGGCUGUCGUGCUUUAAGAAAUACGGUUUUAUUCACAUAUUUACACCUUCAGUUUUCAUGGAGGGAGUCCAGAUCUUAUAGCAUGACCCAAAGCAUUGCAGGCAGUCCUUCCUUGCCCCUCACCAAGAUGGAUCUGACCCUUUCUUCUUCCCAGAAACCCCUUGCCCUCCUCCCAGAGCAGUUACCCUGGCAACCUUCCAAAUCUCCAGUCUCUGGUCACACCUGGUGCUAGAAGUUUGGCCAGGCUACCCAGGAAUUCCUUUGCAGCUUAUAUUCUGCCUUCAUAUCACCAAUAACCCAAAAGCCUAGCAUUUAUUAAUUUAAGUGUUUAGGGGGAUGCCCCACCCCCACAGUUCUGCGCCCCACGAUGCAGAACUGUCAUAAACAAGAUUUAGGAUAUGCAUUCAAAAUAAAGCACCUUCAUUCAUUAAAUAACUCCGUUCCGUUUGGACAACAUCCAACAUUAUGUGAGUGGACUUCCCAUUCCUCUUGUCUGCACCCCUCCAAAAGCUCCCACAUGGGGGUCAUGGGGAGGGGGAACAGAAGCCUCCUACAAACAGAAGUCCUUUCUGUUAGUGAAUGGACUCCACUGGAUUUCACCAGUUGUGUUUUAGGUCAGGCAUGCGAACUCCUUUAAAAUGGUUUUAAAUUUGAGCAUAAACAUUAAAAAGUUUUUAAAAGAAAUCCCACCUUCCUGUUUAAUUUGUAGUCCAUAGAGCACAUCCUCAUCCUCCUUUUUCUUCGUUUUCAUAAAUCCCUUAUGUCAAAAGCUUUUCACUCACCACUGAGUGUAACCUGCACAGAUGUUCCAAGUAUUGAUUAAAUACAUGGAGGGGGAAAGCCUCACUUGUUCCAGCCCUGCCAGAGGUCACAGAGAGAAUAAUUACUCUUAGAGGACCUUGUGUGUCAUCCCAAAUAAGGUUUCACAAUUUCCUUUGCCAUUCUCAGGGGAUGGUGUUGGCAAGAUGGAGGAAAGAGCUGUGUGCUGGAUUUAUCCCACUAUUAAUUUGUAGUCAGAGAGCCAUGUAAAUGCAUUAUGGCACUGGCCACCUGAGCAUUCAUUUGGUUCUACAGUGGCAGACUUAAGUAUCACCCUCCCUCCAAGAAUCCUGAUUUAGCCAGCUCAGCCAGGUUUUUCGGAGCUCUUUAAUGGGGAAAACUUCACACUGCAAGAGCCUUGAUUUUAAAGAAGUGGUUCUGCUUGUUUUGCAAUGCCUAUGUAUCUAUUAGCUAAAGCUGUGGCUCUGAUGAUAAAUAGAACAUGGGAGUGCAUCACAUGCUUGUACUCAAUUCAUCUUGAAUAACCAACUCUCUCUGAUUCCAUACUUCCAGUUGGUCAUCACCUUUCCCCCCACUCUUAGCCACUCUAAUGGUGAGUACAGCAAGGGCAGUUGAUUUGCAUUCAGUGUUAUGAAUAUGUACCACUUAUGUAAAGAGGCUUUUAAUCUGCAUUACUGUACUGCAUACUAUGGAAACAGGAAGCUGUUUUGAUUAAUUGAUGUGAGGCAUGUGAUCCUGUGUCUAUAGCAUUACACUCUAUGCCACUGAAUCUACAGAGUGAGGUAUACUGAAGAUCACUUAUCCCAGAUUAAUUACUCUUAAAUACAUGUUCCCUGCACGUUUGUACAGCUAGUCAGGGUGGAAAAGAACACUAAAAGUAUGGCUUUGUGACAUUUUAGUCUGAUUGCUCAGAAUCCACUUGAGUUUUAGACCUGCCCAUGGAAUAAACUUUCUACGCUCCCAGAGUACUCUGUCAAGCCAAUAAAAUGUAUGUGAAAUAUAUACAAGAGUAUGGUAGAUUGUAGAAUACAUACUUCGGAAGCAGAAGGUUUCAGGUUCAAUCCCUGACAUUGUAGAGUUGGAAGGCACCAUGAGGUUCAUUUAGUCCACCUCUCCCCCUGCAAUGCAGGAAUCUUUCACCCAACGUAGGGCUUUAACCCACAACCCUGAGAUUAAGAGUCUCAUGCUCUACCAAGUGAGGUAGUCAGAGUAGGAGGGCUGUCAGCCUUGCCAUAAGUGCAACUAUACCGACAUACAUGAUAUAUGAACUGAUUUGGCACUUCAUUGCACAAUAGUAUUCCCAUUCUAAUGUCCUUCUGCUGCCUGCUGGAUCUUCCUUCUGGAAUCUUUCAGCUAGACCCUUGCAGUAAAAGCCUGUCAGAAAAGGGUGAUAUUUUCAGCCCCAUUGUGUCCUCUGCGAAGGAGAUGCUCACAGAUGCUCUCUCACAUGAGUGCAAUAUCACACAGGCAGGCUGGAAGUUCAUGAAUAUUCAGUAGAUUGGUUGUUCAUGUGGGCUUUCUCUUUGUGGGCUUCAUAAUUGCCCGAGCCCACAUGAUUUGCUCAUAAAAGUCAGUGACUGAUGACCCUAACUAAUGCUUUGCAGACUGCUGGCAGGUGUUGUCCUGAGAUGAACUUCACCAAUCAUUGCUUCUCUAUAGCGCCCAUUUACUUCAGCGAGGCUCACACAUGCUGGUCUUUUGGUCAUUUUGGAGUUGGCCUUGAUCUGCCCCAGUUGCAGUUCCAGGAUUCCUGAGAAGUUGCUACCUGUCAGUUGUUGUUGUUGUUGUGGGUGGAGCAGAUGUUUUUAAAAUGCAAAGUUAUCUGCUUCAUGUGGCCACAUCUGUACAUCCAUAGCACAUGUUGUUAAUGAAGCCAUGGAUUAGCAGGCAGUUUAUUUCAGAAUCCAAGAGUGGCUUGCUCUGCAUGCUGCAAUUUCAGCAGGUAAAGUUUCAUACAGCUCCCUCGGGCCAAUACUGGGGCCCUGCUGCUGAUGCCCAACGUAUAAUUUGGCCGUUCACUGUGGCAAGGUGUGGCAAUUAUUGCUUUCUAGUUUUUAUAUACCAUUUUUCAUUAAAAGCAAAGACAAAUAAAUCACAAAGCAGCUUACAAGGCAAUCCAAGAAAAAAUUAAAAACACCAUAUAAAAACAAUAAAACGUCAAAAUAGGAUUCCACUCAGUACCCUUCCACUCACUCAGCACCCACACAGAUGAAUUCAACCUAUACAUGCACAUAUUCACCCACGCUUAAAACACCCACCUACAAACAGUCUCCCUCACUCUCAACAAUAGCCAUUAGAUGCUGUUAAAAGGCGGUUAGGCAAAUUCAGGGACAGCAGUUAUGAGUCAUGAUAACUAAACUUAACAUGCAUAUUCAUAAGCAAUGAGCCUCUGAAUACUAGCUGCUCUGAAGCAACAGCGGGAGCAUAGGAAGUCCAUUGAGCCAUCUAGCUGGUGGAGAAGUGCACCCCUGGUUUUUCUACAUAACCCAUACCCCUUUUAUUUAUUGGCAGUAUUUUAUUGUUUUUCUGCUUGCAAAGGAGUUGGUACCUGAGGAGGAGUUUCCAUUUGUAAACACACACUGCUCUCUAAAGUCAGUAAAUUCAGUGAACAUUCUUCUUCUUCUUCUUCUUCUUCUUCUUCUUCUUCUUCUUCUUCUUCUUCUUCUUCUUUGAAUUUACAUACCGCCCUAUACCUGGAAUAUGGAUAUGUGCAUAUGCCCUUUUAAACCUUGUUCACAUCUGUAGUACUCCGACAGAACACUUGGCAAUACUCAAUGUUGUAAAUUUGUUAAUGUCAUUGAGUUAAAAAAACAACAACCACCAUUUAGUGAUGGAGGAUCUUCCCUCAAAGACUUUUGGUGGUAGUCCCACCCACCCGCAAUUCCCUUUUGCCCAUACCCGCAAUUCCUUUUCACAAUGGCCUGUCUGAUGUCUGAGAUCUCACACAGUGAUUGUUCCCUGAGGAAAGCCAGCCAAGAAAUAAAGCAUAUGGGGUUUAGGAAGGCUGUAGUGAGAGAAUAGUGGGACUGCUUCACUGAGCACACUAGUCUCUUUCAAAGACAACAGAGUUCUCAGUAAUUUGCAGAAAACAUUGUGGGCUGUCUGGAUUGUCCUGGAAUUGGAAAGGAGAAUGGAUACCAUUUCAGCUAUGAGAUUGUGGAAUUCUUUCUUGAAGCCUAAAAGUAUUUCACUCGGUUUGGAACUGUAUACUUCUGUUCCACGUGGAUUUGGGUGCUUGUUCAAAUGCAGUCAUUGAAAAUGUCAUUCUGACUUCUGAGGAGAUACCUCAAGUACCUUGAGCUCACAGUAAUAAAUAGAUUAUUAGGACUCAUUGGCAGAGUAGGCAAUAGGCCCAAUUUAAGUUCUUCUAAUUCCAAAUGGACUUGAUUUCAAACUAUAUUAUAUUAGUAUUGCAGGGGUUUUUUUUUUUACUUUUGUUUGUGCUUAUUAUUUAAUACCCUUGGUUAACCACCAUCACCACCAAAGCAAAACAAAACUGGAUGCUAGAGAAGGAAUGAAGGAAGCAGGAAUCAAAAUGGGUCUUGGGUGUCAAGAGGCAAGGCUUCAGGAGGGUAAGGAGGGAGGGCUUUGGAGGACACCUCCCAGUGAGUUCAUGAACAAAGAACAGCUCAGCCCACACCCUCAGGAGCUGGCCUUGGGCCUGUUGAGGUAGCCAUGUCUUUGUGUGUGGCUCCUUCCUCUCUGAGCCCCUGCAUAGACUUUGUUGUUGAGUUGAAACGAUACAACACUCUACUGAAAUCUGCUGUGUUGAGAUAUUCUGAUAAUGAAAUUAAGGGUUACUGAUUUUUUUUGUUAAGAUUUUUUAUUAACAAAGCCAGAUGGGCAGGGUAUAAAUAAUUAUUAAUUAAGCCAGAUGGGCGGGGUAUGAAUAUUAUUAUUAUUAUUAUUAUUUAUUCUUUCACUUUAAAAUGCAUAUGAAACAGAGAGCACAAUUACAGCAACAGACAAAAAUUAAAAGAUGAAAAACAAAACUAUAAAAUAGGCACGUAGAAUGAGUAGUUGCACAUGAGUUAAAAUAGCAAAACCCGAGUAAAGACUAUUGAUGCUAUCAGCUCAUCAAGUUUAGUUCCAGAUUUGCCAGGCUUGUGACAAGGUUUGUCUUCAAAGCUUCAGUUCUGCUAUAUAUGUCAUAAAAGAAAGCCAAAUCAUAUAAAAAGUGUCUGGAGGGUCUAGCCUUGUCAAAAUCUCAAAUUAUGUGUAAUUUUAUCCAUUAUAGAUAUAUUCCAGCAUGAGUGGUACAAAGCUUCCAGUGUCAGACUGUGGGCUGUUUUUGAGUUGAAAUUACUUUUAAGGGUUGCUGAUUUGAGACUCAUUUUGAGCUUGAAUCUGUCCUGUCUUUACUAUCUGCCACUACAUUUUGAGCAUAUCUGAAUGGAGCACUUGGGAAAGAGGAGGGUGGAUGGAGAUGUGCUGAGAAGCAUUUCCAAUCCCAUGUAUGGGGAACCUUUGUCCUUCCAGAUGCGCUCAUCAUCAUGGUAUGAUGUUAGCUUACUGCAGUACUAGCAAGACACCAUUAAUGUACCUGCUGGAACAAGUUCCUGUGCAGUUUCUCAUGGACCUGCACCCACACCUGCAUGUUUGGGUGAAGGGACUAAUUGGAAAUGUUCUAGUGCAAAUGUUCUUCAUCACACUUUUCACAUGUCACAUGUUCGUCACAUGUUCGGAAACCUGAGUUUCCAUAUAGGUAAAGGACCCCUGGAUGGUUAAGUUCAGUCAAAGGUGACUAUGGGGUGAGGCGCUCAUCUCGCUUCAGGCUGAGGGAGCCAGUGUUUGUCCACAGACAGCUUUCCAGGUCAUGUGGCCAGCAUGACUAAACCACUUCUGGCAGAACGGAACACUGUGAUGGAAACCAGAGUGCAUGGAAACACCAUUUACCUUCCUGCCACAGCAGUACCUAUUUAUCUACUUGCACUAGUGUGCUUUCAAACUGCUAGGUUGGCAGGAGCUGGGACAGAGCAACAGGAGCUCACUCUGUUGCAGGGAUUUGAACCACUGACCUUCCGAUCAGCAAGCCCAAGAGGCUCAGUGGUUUAGACCACAGUACCACCUGCAUCACUGGACAGCACUAAAAUAUUUUUCAUAGAGCCUGACAUAUGCUCUUAAACUCUGUAGCAUUAAAAAAGGUAGGAUCAGGCCCCUCCUGAUAGAUAGCUUUCAGUUGACAAUUUCCAGAUUUUGCAAUAAACUAAAGCCUCAAUUUCCUGUGGUCUUAGCAAGUUCUUUGCUAUUAUGCUGUGCUAUAAGCAAGUGCAUAAGUAUGUGUUCAAAUAGUGAUCUGCCCACACGUAGGGGACUGCCUUUGUUUAAAGGAACAGAAGUUGUGGCUGGGGGAGGCAUUGAGAUCACGUACAUCACGAUCCCAAGCCUGUUUAUUCUGCUGUGAGCCCUGCUGAUUUUAGCGUGAGGGAAUCCCAGAUACUGGUACACAAGCCCUCCAGUCUUGGCACUAAUAUUUUUAAGAAGUUAUUCCUGGAAGAUACACCAGUGGCUGGUGUAGAUGUAACACUGCGAGAUCAAUUAAACGUCACUAGGCAAUGAGGGGCGUUUUUUGGAGUCUUCGCCCACCCUUCUCCCCGCUUCUUUGUCCCCCACCUCCCCAGUUAUUGAUAUCCAGUCUUUCCUACAGGGCAGAUGGCCCUGUAGGAAGAAAGAAGGGAGAGUCUAGCUGGAAGAGGCUCUGAGGCAGUCUUCGCUUGCCUACUUUACUCUCCUGGAAUCCUUCCCACAGGGUAGCUGGUGACAGAUGGCUGCCACAGAGAAAAUGUUGGCGUACAUAGAAAACUAACCAUUGUUGCCUUCAAAAUUUAGAGAGCAGUGUCUGCACUGGGAAAUAGGUAUGUGUUGGCGGGGGGGGGGAUCCAAAAGUUCAGGGGCUGCUGGUUGCUCAACCACAGCUAGGCAAUAGGGUAUCAUUAUGUCUGCACUGAAUGAGCCAAUGGAAUGACUCUGUUACAGCCAUUCAAGGUUUUGACAAAGCUACAGUGCUAGGUAUUUGUUUGAAAGAAUUCCAUAGCACAUCCAGCUAUGAAGCUAGGCGAAAGGCUGAUUCAUGUGACAAUUUUUGUCAUCGCUUUCUAUCGUCACCUGGUUCUGAAGAUCAUCAGGGAACCCUCUGUACUGAACAAACACCUGAGUGUGAGUUAACAUGAUUGUGUAAAUAUCCUCAGAUGUUAUAUGACCAUAAAUCAGUUACUCCUCCGUGUACACAUGGUCUCUGUCACACAUCUUUUCUUUUUAAGAUUCAUUUUUGUGAUGCUACUUCCCCACAUGUGGCAGAUGGUAGGUUUUUGUCUUACAUACUGUUCUUCUGAUAAAUAAUAUCAGAAGCCUAGUUACAGCUAAGCUUAGAAUUGCUCAAAACUGGAAGAUGGACAUGUCAGUAUUUAAAAGACAAUAGUUCAAACUAUUUUGGUCCUGUUUAGAUCAGGAUAAGCCAAAAUCAGGCUAACUUGGUGGAACGUUUGUUAACCUGGCCAUUUUUUCUUAGUUACACUGGACCUCCAAACAAGGUUCAGUGUUAAACAUAAGAUGAUCAAUUUGUAUCAGACUAGCUUUGUUAUUAAUAAAUGUGACUCUUACACAGAACAACUGGAGGGAUGGAAGUGGUGUGGGAUUAUUACUUUUUUCCUUCUUGUUGUCAUUCGGGGGGCGGGAGGAAUAUAAAAAAACACUAAAAUGAAGAGCAUGAUAUCAAAAGCCAUCCUCCGUGGAUUUUGCUGAAUAUUUUACUCAAAGGAGAAAAUCCUAAAUGCUUCAAACACAUGCACGUUCUACCUGAUCCAUAUUCAUAGGCUUUCCCUUGCUGUGACUGAUUUAUUCCCCUUUGUGCCCCCAGGGUGUUCAUAGUCUAUAGUAAAGGCGGCCUGAGUAGAAACCAAGUCUAUCUUUACUUACAAUCAGGAGGAGAAAGAGCAGUCAGGAUAUUAAUGGAAGAAACAAACUGAUUUGUGAAGGAAUAUUUCAUUAUACGUCACAUACGUCACAAUGUUUGGUCAUACACCACACAUAUUUGAUCAUAUGUCACACACCUUGGAUUCCCAGGUAUCAUUUCACUACAAAGUAAUGUUACCAGAAAAGUACAGCUGUUAGGAGAUGGUCUGUGUGGAAGCAGCUGCCUGCUUGUGAGUAAAAUGAUGCUAUAGAAUGUGUUCUUUGGUGGCUGCAUAUUGUUUCAGUGGCCCUAUGAAUUUAGCUGCCAUUGCUUUCGUUAUUCAUCAAGAGCACAGUUGUUUGGGGGCUGCCAGAUGUCCCUAUUAUGAUAUCCCCGAGAGCCAGUGAAUAAAGGGUCAGACUGGAACUUGGGUUCAGAUCCUCACUCAGCCGUGACACAAAGUGGGUGGCCUUCACCCAGCCACAAUCUCUCAACCUAUAAUCUACAUCACAGGAUUGUUGUGGUGAGCAGGGGGAAAUAGGAUGACGUUCAAGUACACUGUCUUGAGCUGCUUGGAGGUAGGGCAGGAUAAAAUGUGUGUUUGAGUGUUAGAUUAGCCAGCUUUGUGGUUUUCGCUGAUCCUAUUGUUUCAGUGGUUUUCUAAGUGUUAAUUGUUGUGGAUUCUGUGAUUUUAUGCAUCCUGUAUUUCAUACCCAACCCUGGAUUCCACUUAGAUGAAAAAUAGGCUAUAAACAGUAUAUAUCGUGUGCACGUUGUUUGUGUGUUCGGUUAUGUGCAUGCCCCAUAACCUUUUAUCACAUCUCCUCUGACCAUGACCCUUAGUUUCAAACAGUUCAACUCACUAGUUUCAUGCCUGGAGGGGGCUCAAAUUUCUAGGAAGGGAUAGUGUUCUGGAGCCUAUGUACACCCAUCAUUCUAGAUCCAGAGAGGCUGAAUGCCCCCUGCAGAGGACCCUCCCCUACCCUUCUUGGAUUUAUUAUGGAGUGACUGCACCCUCCUUACACCAUCAUCCCAAAGUGAUUUUGAGAUUAUGUGAGCUUGGAGAAAUGUUUCUCCCCCCCCCCCAAAAAAAAUCCCUUGUGCAUAAGAAAGUGUCUUGUCUUUUCCUCUUCAGAUUUCAGUCUGGGCAUUGUUGGGCCAGUCCCACAGAUCCUUCCAUGGGGCACUAGGCUGUUUGCAAGCAACGGGUUCGGUUGGGUUAAUUGAAUGUAUGUAUUACUUAAAAAUCUUAAAGCAAUUUGCAACAAGAAUAAAUACAAUAAAAACAUUUUAAAAAUUGUCCAGUAGCACCUUAGAGACCAACUAAGUUUGUUCUGGGUAUAAGCUUUUGUGUGCAUGCACACUUCUUCCGAUAUACACAUGAAAGCUUAUACCCAGAACAAACUUAGUUGGUCUCUAAGGUGCUACUGGACAAUUUUUAAAUUUAUUUCAACUGCGUCAGACCAACACAGUUACUUACGUGAAUCUACAAUAAAAACGCAUAAGUGUAAUGAAAGCAUAAUCAAAAUUAUAAAAAUCCAGCCAUUGUUGCUGGCUGCCCAGCUCCCUGCCACACACGCGCACACACACACAAAAAAAAACCCUUUGCCACUGAAUGAAUGAAAUGGUAGGUGCCAGGUAGGACUUUCAGAGGAAAGUAUUCUGUUUCAUAGGCUAAAAAGAAAAGGCUUGUUCUUUCUGCACACAACCAUAUCUCCAUAUGCUCAGCUAGUUGGCUUUGGGUUCACGGGACAGCAGAAUGGGGUGGCCAUUCUCAAAACAUUUGAGAAAUACUGCCACGGCUUCAUCAAUCUCCUUAUUCUGAGCAUUUCGAUCUGACAGCCCUAGCUUUGAUUGUUAGCAGAAUUCAGAAAUUGAGGGCCUGCUGCAUGCAUUUGGCCAACUUCUUGCAAGAGAUUUGCUUGGCCUUUGAAAGCUGUGUGAGUUGCGCUGCCCUUUUUCUCUCUGCACCCCCCUGCACCCCCCCAAAGCCCUCUGCUAUGUACCUCUGUUCUGGAAACAAUGGCACUACAAAUUGCUUUGACAGUGUCAGCAAAGCUGGCGGGAUGGAGUGGGCUUUUCUGCUUGGCCGUAAUUCCAGAAGCCGUGCUGUGCGGCAGAGAGACCGCUGCAAACCUUUACAAGCAGAGGCAGUGGCUUGCGUGCCGGGGAAGCUAAUCGCGGCGGAGGCGGAGGCGUUCAGGACCCCGCACAGGUGUUGAGGAGCAGCAGUUCAUUAAGGGAGGCAGGAAGAGGGCUCUCUCUCUCUCUGCUCUGUCCAGGCUAUUGUUAAGAGCUCCUGACAGCUGAGAGCAGCCCCUCUGCUUGUCACAAUAGCUGCUCACGCUGAGCAAGGCUCAUUAAAUAUUCAGUCCCAGCCUCAAGCAGCUCAUUAAGGCAGCAAUGAGCAGUGACGUGGCUGCUGGAAAGCCCUGCCUUGCUUAGCAUCACCAUGCACAGGCUCAUUGGACCUCUGGAUGCUCUCCUCCUCAGUGCCUUCUCUGUGAUGACCAGCUUGUGCUCCCUGCUUUGCAUUAAGUACAGGUAAAAAGAGCAGCAAUUGCAAUGUGUUCAGGGAAGCAGAUUCAAGCCUUUAAAUCUGGCUGGCGGGAACAUCGGUGGGCUGCAUCUGAGUUGCCCUCUGGCCUUUUCAGCGUUCCUUUCAGCGGAGGGGUAGGGGAGGGUCGCAGAGGGAGGAAGCCGAGUUGACAUCUACCACAGGCUUUUCCUUAGCAGCAUGUGUUCUUCUCGUUGUUUUGCAGAAGCCUGCAAAGGGGAUUUGCACAGCCAGCACAGAGUUGAAUGAGGCAAACUUUUUUUCCUGUUGAGAUUGCAACUUCCCUAAGGAAGUAGUGUGACCGUUAUGUGUGUUCUGCUCUAGGUGCUGCCCAUUAAGUGGCAAGGUUCUACGUGUUUCCAACACUAGUGUGGUUAUGAUUGUUUUAGUUUUCUUUUAAGGAGGGCUGUUAUUGAGCCACAAUAAGUGACACCCAAAAGUUUCCUUUUUAAGUGAAUGCAUGCACUCUCAGCUGCUAAACUUCCUAGACUGUUUGUUUAAUAAGAGGUAAGAAACGGGAGGCUCCUAAACGAAAUGAUGGUUUAUGGUGACUGGUAGCAGCACAUUUUAGCGUUCACUUGAGAGUCACUGGCAUGACAAAAUCAGAAAUAAAACUUUGUGUGUGUUUGUCCAUGUGUGUGAUGCAAAUGCUUAGCAUGGACAGAAAUGUCAGAGAGCCCUGAGAGUGCUGAUGAUGUUUCUCUUCCAUUCACAGAAAAUGUUUUCAGACAGCUCAUUUCUAUGUGGAAGACAGCAGUUCGCCUCGAGUGGUGCCAAACGAAACCAUUCCUGUUAUUCCCAUCCCAGGUAAGGAAGGUCUGACAUCAUGACUUAACUCAUUCAUACUUUGGGCUCCUUACAAAUCACAGUUUGCACUGUAUGUUCUGUAUCAGUCAGUCCGCUUCCCACAUUGGCUGACUUCUUUAUACAUUUGGAGCAUCCCGCAGUGUGUAGUAAUAUUUCUGUAAAUCUUCAUUAAAAUGAGGGGGGAACACAGAGUUUGGAUUAGUGCUUUCUUAUCUGGAUAAGGCACAAAGCACUGAUGGUAUCAUAGUGGGGAGUCCCCAUGUGUCUUCUACUUUUCUGGCUCUGCCCUUUUGCCAUUAAUCACUUACUCCAUCCUUCUUGUUCACUGAUGUUCGUAGUCUGCACCUUUUCUGGCCUCCAGCUGUGCAGGACAAUCUUAUGAAUGUCUACACAGAAAUCCUGACAUUCACUGAGACUUACUCCCAGGUAAUGUUGGAUUGCAGUGCAAGUGGAACUCCAGUUGCCAGGUCUGUGUAAUGAAGACUUUUGCUUGCCAGGCUGCCUGUGACCUUUUGAGGGCAGGGGGAGAUCCCACCUACGCAGUACUGUUUUAUAGGAAAACUCUCAUUUAAAUGUAAGUGGCCAAAUAAGAUGCAUAGGUUUUGCUUGAGGCAAAGUUGUAUCAGUUUAGUCCUAAAUACAAUCCUAAAUACACUUACUGGAAACUAAGCAGUGGGAUUUACUUCUCAGUAAAGAGAAGAUUGCUGUUAGAGUAGCUGCAGACUUGGUCCUAAUGCUUAUUUACUGGUUAAUUAAAAAUAUCAACGCACAUGCCUACUAUUUUACAAUCUGUCAAGUGCCUUGAAGUAAUUAUAUAUGGAAUGGUUCUCAGCAGAAAUUUGUGAGCCAAAGCCAGACAGAUGUGAAGAUUUGCAUAUUGUCUGUUGUACACAGCUCUUUAUGCCUUGAAACACAGGUAGCUAUUUUGGUGCUGUCCAGAUGUUGUGAACUACAACUCCCAUCCUUCCCAGCCAGUAGGAUCAAUAGUCAGGGAUGAUGGAGUUUGUAGUCCAGCAACAACUGGAGGGCCAAAGUUUCCCUACUCUUGCCUUAGAGCAAUGAAAAGUCAAAGCUUUUUUCAAAGGCAUGUUGGAAUUGUCACAGUUUUUCCUGAGGUAGUGGGUUGGCUGCUGGUUGGCCACUGGUUUGAGCGUUACAGUUAUCUUUCAGUUAUUGGGAACAUAGGAAGUUGGAAUCCCUAAAAAGGCAGUGGACUCUCCUUCUUUGGAGGUUUUUAAGCAGAGGGUAGAUAGCCAUCUGCCAUGGAUGCUUUAGUUGAGAUUCCCCUAUUGCAGGGGGUUGGACUAGAUGACCCUUGGGUUCCUUCCAACUCUACAAUUCUGUGAUUCUAUGAUUCAGAUGCUCUCCCACUGAGAAUUGUGCACUGCACUUAUCCCCCCCCUUCCAGAUAUUUUGAAAGCCAUGUAACAAAUAACUGUUUUAGACUGAGAUUCUUUGCAAGGCAUAUGUAUAAGUUAAAUAUUGCUAGCCAACAAUAUUGUGUACAAUAUAGAUAAGAUAACAUUGGAGUUCUUUGUAUGGCCUUGAGGCUUUUGUCGGAAGUGUGAUUACCUUGUCUGACAAACCUCUGAUGCUCAUGUGGUGAUUUUUUUUUUUUUAUGGGAUCUCCUGAGCAAACAUGCAAAUACAUAGGAAAUUCACUUGGGAUGCUUUCUAUGUCACUUUUCCAAGGUUUGAUCCCAUUAGCUGAAUUCCAAAUUGGGUUUGGAUCUGCUUUAUGGGAUUGUCUUCAGAAAGGGGCUGUGGAUAACCCAUUCUGACAGAGCUUUUGUUCACAUACUCUUAUCCAAUUAGCAGCAAAUCAUGUCAGAAAUGUGUACAACUCUGCAUGCUGUGAUGAUUUUCCCCUAUUACCAGUGUGCACAAUGCUACAAACCAGAAGUCCUUCAUAUAACCAAAACUUUGCCAUUAAAAUCCUCCUUAAGGUUUGUUUAAAAGCUUUUAAAAAUAAAAAAAAUCUCCCCAUCUUCUUGUCACGUGUAAGCAAAAUUGUAUUAUUUGACCAUAUAGAAUGCCUCACCCCCCAAAUGCUACCAAUUCCAUUAGUUCUGUGGUAUUUCCCCACACCAUCGCAGGAGGUGCAAAGUAUUCAGGAGAAUAGUUACGAAGCUUAAGUGGGAGUUGUAAGAUAAAGAAUUUCAGAGCUGAGCAGGAGAAAAGUUCUAGUCUAUUAUUUUACCUCAUGUGGUUUUUCAUUACUACAAAUACAUGUUGUUGGUUUUAAUCAGAUAAAUAAGAGGGAACAUUAAAAACAACAACAACCAAGCCCCCACCUUUUGUCUUAAACAAUAGAAGAAAACCUCUUUUGGUUGAACAUGUAUACAGUGGUACCUCGGGUUACAUACACUUCAGGUUACAGACUCCGCUAACCCAGAAAUAGUGCUUCAGGUUAAGAACUUUGCUUCAGGAUAAGAACAUAAAUCGUGCUCCGGUGGCACGGCAGCAGCAGGAGGCCCCAUUAGCUAAAGUGGUGCUUCAGGUUAAGAACAGUUUCAGGUUAAGUACGGACCUCCGGAACGAAUUAAGUACUUAACCAGAGGUACCACUGUAUCAGGGUCGCCCUCCAGAUGUUGUUGGCCUCCAGCUCUCACAGCAUGGCCAAUGGUUAGGGAUGGUGGGAGGUGCAGUCUAGCAACAUUGGGAGAUAGACAUGUUCCUGAUCUCUGGUGUAGAUCAUUUAUUAGUCUGUCUAAAAGGUGGAGGCAAAAGCUCCUUCUAUUGGAGCUUCACUCGAAUAUAAUUUCUUAAUACACUUUUAAUACUAAGUUGUCUGAAGGACAAGAAACUUUGGGGGGAUCUAGGAGAGGGGGACCCCAAACAUAUUCAGUGGUCACAUAAUGCCGCUUGACUGUUGUGAGCAAAAUGGGAAAUGGGUGGGAGGGGAAAGGGACUGGAGGUCCCACUUAUACAUCAAUAGCUGUUUUAUUCUUGCAGACAAAGAGGAAGCAUCCAUAUCAUUACAACCUUCCAACUAAUGUAUGUAGUUGAAACCAAGCCCAAUUUUAGUUUGAUUAAUCAAAAUAAUGUGCGAAAUAGCUAAAAUGUUCAAAUGGUCCCCCCAGAUCUUCAAGCAUUGGUCUGCAGAAGCGGGGGUUUGAGAUCCAGGAUAAAGUUUUCAUCUUUUCUAUUAAAAAAAAUGUGGAGGGUUAUAGUGGCUCUUGAUUUGAAUGAAUAUUCUCAGUGUGUUUUCACACUAGAGGGAAGAUUUUUGAUUUUCUAAAAAGUGGGAGUGUGCCCAUAAGUCCAAAAAGAAAAUGAGAAAAUGGUUGCUUUUCAUCAAUACCACUGAAAUGUUCCAGGAGUACCAAACCGGAACUUAGAAUAAAAUAAUAGACAGUGGAAUAGUAGUUUCACUUAAAUACUUUUAGAUAUUAUUAAAAUACUGUUUUUCCUCUGAAGGUAGAAAGCCAUAUUACAAAUGUAACAUAAAAACAAGGAUGAAAUUUUCUGCGUUAUUCUGUGUAAUAGGAAAUAUUAUGCCUCUUUUUUAGUGGUGAUAGGUCUAACUAUGACCAAGGUCUAACUAUGGAAGUAAGAGCACCUUUUUGCAUGCAUUCUGAAGCAGCAACCUUUGUGGAACUUUUGCAGUUUCUUGUACAUAGCUGUUGAGUUUUAUGUAUAUGAUACCAUGACAAUACUGUGCCUUAAUGCUCCAUUCAAGAAUUCAGGGCCUGUGGGCACAAUGUGUGAAGGGCCCAGGUGGGCUAGCAAGGCAUGUACCAGCUGCAUAACCCCAGCCAAUGCCCAGUUGUCAUCAGUCUGAAGAGGGCUCUUUUUGUGCUCAUAAGACAGGUGUUGCCAGUGAGAUGUCCCAUAGAUGUUGUUGAACCAUAACUCCCUGACCAUUGGCCAUACUGGCUGGGGACUUGGUAGUCCAACAACAUCUAGAAGGUACCACAUUGACUACCCCUUGUAUUGAGUAUCCUCCAUGGGGAUGGGGAACCCUGAGUGAACAAGGUUUAACAAGCUUCACUUCCUUUUCCAGUAAACCCUAUACAAAUAGAAGCAGAUUGUGAGUCUGCUGGCAAGUCACCUGGGGUCAUGGCCGACACAUAUGAUGUCAUCAAGGUGGGACAGCUCUAGCCCCUCGUGUUCCUGCUGGUCCCAUCAUGCAUUCAGUACCCAUAGAAACCAGAUGCCUGAGUAGAACUAAAGGUGUGCAUAAAUGUAGAAAUAAUUCUAAAAGUGGGGGGAACCCGUUCUUAGUCUGUUUGAAUGGGUCCAAUUAACCUCAUCCUGAUGCCCUUUCCUCGCUUCCCCACCACACCAGAAAAGGCUUCAAAUUCCAUUCCCCAGAGCAAUCUGCUAAGUGCUGUUUCACACCUUCCUGUCAGUUAUAACUCCUUAUACAGCCGUUUUUGCUGAAAAGCCUUUAAAGGUUAAAUGGAAAAUUCUUCCUUUUGAUUCACUCAUAUGGUUGAUAAAAUGAUACCUCUUCUAAACUUUUUCUUCCCCUUUAGAAAUAGCCAGGGAGCAUGAGAAAAUCUCCCAAGCUGUAUUGAUUCUGGAAGUAAAGUAUAAAUGACAUUUUAACAAACGCCAGUUCCUUAAAGUAAUCUUUAUUUGCUAGCGAUACCCCAGGCAGUAGUUAUAAAUGGAUAGUUAAAUAUGUCCCUGUGGAUCUGCACAUCUAUUUAACCGGGCUGGGUGGACCAAUUUUCAUUCUCCGUUUCAGUCAUAUGGUCACAAUGGAAGCAGUUUUGACCAUGCAUAUCUAAAAAUGUGAAAGUCCUCUGCAUUCCUUUUUUAAAACAACAAAAACACAUUCUGUGACAGCUUUAAAGGUGCUUGACAGCUCCAAAAUACAUGGUGCUAAUGAUUGAUGGUAUAAUAGAAUUUUGCUGUUCUGCAACUGCAGCAUUAUUAGAUACCUAGCUUUCCACAGAAGAAAUUUACUUCAUUUUCAACCAUGAAACUGAAUAGCAUAUAGGCAUGUACUAAUCUAUGCCCAUUCUGUCCUGAAGCCCAGAGUUCUCAUUACAAUUCAUAAUUAACUCUGCUGAGCAGUCUAGAGAACCACAGAACACCGACAGGAUCAUUAGCUCAGUUGCCCCUACAGCUAUUACCCACUUAAUAUAAAUCAAAAAGCAUUGGUCUCAUCUGGGAUCAUGCCCUUAGGGGGAGAGCAACUGCGCCUGGAUGGCAGACUUAUUAAACAUUAUUAAAUAUGCUAGCCCAUUCUGUUCCACACAGACACACACACACUUGCCAUUGCUUCAUUUUCUGUUUCUUAGCACAGUUCAUUUUGGGUGCCUCCUAGUGAUCUUUUCAUGGAACGCUUUAUCACUAAUCUGUAGUCAUAGGUUGGGUGUGUGUGGAUCUUGUCUGAUGCCUAUCAGCCCUCGCCACCAAAUAAAAGCUGACCAGAGAAUCAUAAAACUUGCAUUAAAAAGAGAAAUAUAUAUAUUUUGCCGGUGUUGUCAUUAAUGUACAUCUCCCAGCUUAAGCCCCAUAUGGAUCAAGGAUAACCACGCAUCUGUAAGUGAAUCAAUAUGCUGUUUUUCCUCCAAAAUGCUUAUGAAGAGAUGUCCCAUUCUGCCCCUGCAUGCAGAAUUUUCUAAUCUGUGGAGCAAAUAGCAGAGUGACUGGCCUGGAACGAGGGCCAUGUUCAAAAUGUAUGAGAAAUAUCAAUCCAAUUUCUUCCAUUUGAUAUUGGCUUGCCUUCUUUUCCCCACUUCUUUUCAACAACAGUUUGAAUCAUAUUGGGUGGGGGGGCUCAACAGCUGCUGAACCUCAAGAAAUUUCCACAACUUUCUCUUAAGUUUGCAAACCAGUGCUCGGAUGUUUCCAUUAUCACUGUAUGUCACCGUAUUCAUUGCUAAGGAGGAGGAGGCCAACAUGUAACCAUUGCCUUUUCAUAUCGGGUACUUUUUGCAAGACACAAUAUUCUCCUCAGUGAAUGUAAAUAGUUCUCAUUUGGAUUAUUCAGGAAUGACUCUCAUUUCUUCCUUGCAGACUUAAAGGAGGUGGACUGAAUGUCACUUUCAUUUAUUAUUUAAAGGCGGAUGUGUGCAUGUGGUUUAUAAAUUCAGAUUUCAUUCAAUGUGCAUAAUAUUUGUAACUGACACAUCCCUUAAUAGUUGCUCUUGGCAUGAUGCUAUAUUAGAUUACACCUUGAUUGAAAUGGUGUCAUUAAUACUCAGUCACAAGCACGUGGUCUCUUUUCUUUCUUUCUUUUUUGUCUGCCUAAGAGUCAAUUACAGCUCAUGCAGAACUCUGGAUCAGGACCAGUGCGGGUUCUUAAUGACACUUAAAAUAUUAAAUUAUGUGCUGAAAUCUCAUUGUUUUUCAAUGGGAUUUAGGCAUAACUCGCUUUCUUAGAAUAGACUCAGUACAGUGACUGCAAUCCAGUGCACAGCUACAUGUGCUCAUCCUACUUAAAUUCGGUGCAAUUUAAAUUCAUUUCACAGUUUGCUGGCUUCCAGCCAAUAACAACAUAGUCUUUCUCUCAACCAGUAGGUUCAAUGUUGUUCAAAGGUUAGUUAUGGGAAUGCACUGUCUGCACACUCUGCAGUGUGUUGUUAUUAUCUUGUAAAAUGAAUAAAAUAAAGAACAUUCAUAAGGGCAGUGGUGUGUCCCUUUACUGAGAUUGCCUAAAUUUGGGUGUUUGGAAUGGAAAAAGGAUUCAUGAAAACUCCCAUAAUGCAUCAGUUAGGCAUUAUGGAUACAGGCACGCAUAAGUAAUUGCAGGCUUGUAGCCUGUCUGAAAAGUAGUAGAAUCAUAUAAUAGUAGAGUUGGAAGAGAUCCCAAUGGUAAUCUAGUCCAAUUCCCUGCAAUGCAGGAAUCUCAGCUAAAGCAUCCAUGACAGUAGAUCCACCAUUGUUCAAACAUCAGUUAUGGGAAUUCACUGUACCCUGUACGAUGCACUGUGAUUAUAACAUAAGAUGAUUGUAGCCAAUGGAACUUGAGUUCAGUGGAACUUACUCCCUGUUGUGUACACUGGAUUGCACAGCCUCAGACUAGUCCAAAUCAACCACUUGGGGUUGUAAGCAACUAUGGUUUACUCAGAGUUGACCAGUUGAAAUUGUGGGCCUAUGUUAGUCAUGCUUAUUAAUUUCAAUGUGUCUACUCUGAAUAGGACUUACACUUUCUGCAAAGUGUCUGCAGCAGUUUCACUUGACAUUGCAUGUAUGAUUUUUAGUAAGAUCCAGUCUGUCAUACACUGCUCAAAUGGCAUUGUUGUUAAUAUCUUUUCUGCAUCACCAGCAAAUCCCUAAACUAUCACUUUCCCUUGACACUAGAAUAGCCUCUUAAAUCAUCCACUUAACAUCUUUUAACACGCUGUAUCCCUGAUCCUCCAAGCUUCUGUCUUUUCUUAGCCCUCUCCACCCCUUGCCAUAGCUUUUUGGUAGAGCACAUGCUUUGGCCCUGGGGCCUUUUGUUUGCAACCAUUGGUAUCUCCAGUGAAAAGGAUCUGGUAGCAAGUUGUGCAGAAGGGACACUUUAAACAUUGCCCAGAUGCAGCAGAGGAUGUGCAUCACAAGACCUAUACAUAUGGAAAGGGAAUGUGAGAGUCACUCGUGGUUCCCAUCUUUUAGCUUAGCCUUCUUUACAAAAGUCAGGGGCAAAAUAAAAUGACACUGAAUGGAUUGUGUGUGUGUGGUAAAAGUAAUCACAGUUGUAAACCACCUUUUUUGCAUUGCACAUAUUUACUAAACACAAGUGUCAUUAUCUAUUUUUGUUUAUUUUAUUUUUUAAGUAAGAUUUAUAUAUGGCCGUUCAUCAAAAGAUCUCAGGGAUGUUCACAAGAUUAAAAUACAAUAUAAAAGCACAACUAAUUUGUUAAAGCUGAAACAACAAAACAGUGCCCCCCCCCACAUUUAAAAGGCUGUAGAAUAUUAUCAGACAAAGGCCUGGUGAAAGAGGAAAGCUUUUGCCUGGCACCUAAAAAUAUAUAAUGAAGGUGCCAGACGAAUCUCCAUGGGGAGAGCAUUCCACAAACAAGAGCCACUGUGCAGAAAAGGCUCUCUCCUGUUGUCACCCUCUAGACCUCAUGUGAAGGAGGCACACAAAGAAGGGCCUCUGAUGAUGAAUCCAGAGUCCAGGUCGGUUUAUAUGGGGAGAUGCGGUCCUUGAGGUAUUGUGGUCCUGGGUCAAUUAAACUGCGCACUUUAAUGUAGCCUUAAUGUGGGUAGGAAAGUAACCCAAGAUGUCUGCUCAUAUAAUCCACAUGCUGAUUGCAUUAUAAUAUAUUCCACCUGUGAUUAAGGUUUUAUUGGGGGUCUUCCAUGGAAGGUUCUGUUUACACUCAAAAAGGAAUAUAAGCCCCCUGCAAAUCUUACCCUCUCAAAAUGGGGGAGGCUGGGAACUCAUCAGGUGAGACAACAUAUACAAGGAUACGAGAGGCAGAGCUUGUCUGCAUGGCCCAAUCCAGAGAUUCUGUUUUGCAUGUUCAGGCAAAUGCCUGAACGUACCUAGAGCCUGGGACAAAUGUACAAUUAUAAUAUAAUCCUAUAUAUGUGUACUCAGAAGAAAGUCCCUUUGGGUUCAAUGGGACUUACUCCCCAGGUAACUGAAUAUAGGAUUGCUCAAGACUAGCAAGCAAGGCUGCUUGCUGGAAGGCUAUGUAAAGCCUUGAUUUUUAACACGGCAGAAUUUUUUCCCAUGUGUAGAUGAGGAGAGGCAGGCUAGUCUUUAACAUAUUGGUAAGUAAUUUAGAUCUAUUGAAACAUGAGAACCUACUUAAUUUUUAAAGUACUUAUUUAUCCAUACUGACAUGACAUAAGGACAUAUAAGCCUCUGAGACAGAAUGAAGAAGAAUCAAAAUAAAUAUAAUAAAAAGUAUGAACAAUGGUUAUUAACACAAAAUAUAUCCUCCCAUUUAUUGAAUGUUGGGACAAGAAGGUUUUUUCCACUGUGACACUAAUGAAUGCUGCCCGGUUUUAGGCAAGGAGAAAGCUAAUUGCCCAAAUGGGACUUUGCACUGAGCAACUGUUAGGUUUCCUAAUUAGCCUUUAUAGGAUUUCAUUAAUCUCUUCAGUAGACUAAAAGAGGUAUGGUCUCUGAAGUAAAUUUUCCUGAAAUGGAAAAGAAGCUUAUCAGUAGCCACUAGAUAAGAGGUACCUGAAAGAAGCAUGUUCCUCAUAUGCAUUAGCAGAUUUUAUUUGAGGAGGCAUUUAGAGUGCAUGAGCAAAGAAUGCAGUGGAAUUUUCGAACAAUGACUGCAUUUUUGGAAUGUAGAACUUUCAAACUCUACUUCUGGCUGACUAUAUAUUUUCCUUCAAAAGAAUGCUCCUGAUAUUUGCAGACUGUAUGGAAUAGUUGUGCAGAGAGUCCUAAACUGACGAAUCACAGUGCUUCAAAUUACUUUAAUCUCUGGCUUUUUGAGGCAAGGGAAAAAAGAUUAAAUGAAUAUGAAUUGGCAGUAUGUUUGCCUCAGCUAGACCUUCUGUAAGUCAGAAUAAGUCAUUCUGCCCCGCUGCCCCCAGUCCAUUUGAAAUAUCAGGAUCUUUAAUUCUGGGCAUUGUGGAGUUGACCUGAAGAUUAUCUGAGUUACUUGUAUCAGCACUGAAUCACACAAACUCUUAAGAGAUCAGCUUGUUUCAAAGUGAAAGCUUUCAAACACUGAAAAAUUUAGCUCCUGCCAUGCUCCGCUCUUUGGUCUACUGACAGCUUGGUAAAGAUGGAAGUGGAGGUGGGAUCUUCCCAUCAUGAUGCCAAGUAGCUUCCGCCACAAGUGUUAACUUUUUCUCUGCUGGGCAAUUUAACCAGAAAGAAUGGGAAACUUCAGAACAAAAUACCUAUAUGGAGAUGUCAUUUGCUGUGCAUUUAAAAAAGAAGAGGGAAGUGAAGAAGAGAUAGAGCAAGAUAAGACAGACCAAGGUGGGGAUGGGAGAGAGGGAGGAAGAGGGCAAGAAGAACAGGAAGAAGAAAUGCUCGAUCAGGGAAACUCAACAGUGAUUGAAUACCUUUCAGACACAGAAGAUCCAUAUAAUGUGUCACCAGGUGAUGGCUUGAUUGAUUCAUUGUUUCAUUAAAUAGAGGUGUAGUCUACCUUUGACUUUAGUUCAUCCUUUUCACUGAUAUACCAAAACAUAUGGGAAGUGUCUUAAAUGUCCCAAAGUAGAGAUAGUUGCUGGACUCUUCAAAGUUGGAUUUAUUCCCAUUCCAAUAGUUUUCAAGCCUUUGGUUCAGCAAGUUUUUCUUGGUAUUCCUGCAUGCUCUACAUCAAGUGCAAAAGAUUAUUAUGUGUUCAUUCCCCCAAGGAAGGGUCACAACUCUGUAGUCUAAGCAGACAGAAUAAAAAUGGCAUACUGCGAGAGCCAGUCAUCCUCCUUGUUUUAACAUAUAUAGUUUAUCUCAUUAAUUAGAUACAUUGCAAAACUGUAAUUUAGAGUUAGAUAUGCUAAAACAAGGGUACAUGGAAAGGGACGUGUUACUGGUUUUGGCUGUAGAUUGGGACUCAAUACUGUAACUGAUCUCAGGAAUUUUUUUGGGGGGAGGGAUUAUUCACUUUGUCAGAAAUUUAACUUCUCAUGAAAGUAGCAUAGGAAUUCAUUCACUUUCAGAGACAUUAGUCGCAUUGGAAAAUAUAUUAUUACAACCUACCUGUGGAUGAGAGUUAAUUCUUCUGCUAAGCAUACAGUCGUACCUCAGAAACUGAACAGAAUCCGUUCCGGAAGUCCGUUUCGCUUCCAAAACAUUUGACUUCCAAAGCACAGCUUCUAAUUGGCUGCAGGAAACUCCUGCAGCCAAUUGGAAGCCCCGUCGGAUGUUCGGCUUCCAAAAGAACAUUCAAAAACCAGAACACUCACUUCUGGCUUUCGAUCAUUCAGGAACUGGAACGUUCAACUCCCAAGGCGUUAGGCAGCCAAGGUACGACUGUACUCACAUUACUAGGAUAUUGUAAUAAACACUGUACUAGAGGGAGAGACUUGCUGUCAGGUUUAACCUCAAAAAUUCCCUGGAUUUUGCAACGGUAUUUUAUUAGCAUAUCUAGAGAAAAUUCAAGAAGUUACCAUGAAGUGCGGGCCAGGCAAAAGUAAGCAUAAAUGUAGAUUUUGCAUGGAUCAUACCAAUCUAUAAAUUGGUGACUUAGCCUUAAUACAACCACAGAACACAGUCAACCAAAAUGUUUCCAUGGGCAAACCUUUUUGGCUGUUCCAUGUAUCACAAUAGCAGAAGUCAGAGGUAGUAGAACUGAUAACAAUAAUAGUUUAGAAUUCAGAGACCUCUUUAUUGUUUGUCAGUAUAUUUUCAUAUUGCAAAGCGUUAAGCUAUACCAAAUACAUACAUAAAUGUGUGUGUAAAAAUACCUAUGACAUAGAGCCAAAGCAAGGUAAUUUGCCCUCAUAAUUUGCAUUAUCUGUGAUCAGGCACACAGCAAAGGUAAUAGAUAUGCUGCGAUUUCUCAGCUAUUCUGUAGUUAAGCCCAUCCACUACAAAUAUAUUCCUGGAGCUCAAUUCAGUUCAACUCCCCAUUUAUGUGGGGGUUAUGUUCCAAGGCACUGCACGUUUAAGUGAAAUUGUGUAUAGUGGGAACACCAUUGAAAAAGCCUGCAAAAACCCUCUAUCUAACCCUUUGGAAACCCUUUAAAAAACCAAAAAUCCACCAGACACCAUAAAUGGAGAGUUGCCUGUAGUUUCUCCAUCGGCAACCUGCCCCGGGUCACUUUGUUUCCUGUGCAUUCAUGGAUGUUCUUUAUUCAUAAAAUGGAAAUAAAGCAACCAUUUCUGGUCAGUAGGAUCAAUUAAAUGAAAACUUGACUAAACAGCAGCAACAUGGUGGUCACUUAGUGCUGGAUGAAAGUGAUAAUACAGAAAUUGAGCAUUAAGUUUGCACCAACAUCAGUGGGGCCAGUAUCAGCUGUGAAGGCACGUGAAACCAUCUUCGCACACUGUUUGUUAGCAUCUAGGUAGAGAUGUUAUUGCCUAACUUUAUAGGACAAUUGUUAUUGUUAGAAAAUAUUAAUUGUAGAGCUGAGUAUCUUUUUUAUUUUUCAGAUGACAUGGAAGCUAUUCCUGUCAAACAGUUUGUUAAGCAUAUCAGUGAACUGUAUGCCAACAACCAGCAUGGAUUCUCAGAAGACUUUGAGGUACGUGUUUACAGCCUUAAGCGCUGGAAGUUUCUCUGUGGUGUUUAAUUUAAAUGUCUCAAGCAGCCUUGGAAGAGCGAAGGUCCAACUGCACUCAAGUGAUCCUCUGAAUAGAAGGGUUGAAGAAGUCCUAAUGCCUGUGAGCAUCUGCUGAUUGGGAAAGAGGCAGAAUGGAAGACAAAGCAGCCUGAAGUCUGUAAUGAACAGUUAUAUGUGGGAUGUUCGGUGGGAUUUCUUGAACCUUGCAACUGCUAGCCUCCUAGUAGACAAGCAAGGAGGAAAGAGACUGUGACUGCAAUGCCCACAGACUCGUUUGGGUGGGAUUCACCUAAUGGGCCCUGUCAGCCCUGUGCUAGGACUUCCAUUUGCACAACAGGUCUUUGAAGAUGGUUUAGAAACACUAAAGGAAUGACUCUUUGCAAAUUCAGAACUAAUAUUGCAUGGCACCUGUAGAAGUGCAAGUUCCGCAUAUUGAAGUGAGUGUAAGGAGUAACUUGUUUUGUGAUUGUAAACUAAUUUCCUCGUUUUUAUUAUUAUAUUGUUGUAACCUGUCCUGGGACCUUAUGGUGAAGGCUGGGAAAGAAAUCUUAUAAAUAUAAAAACUGUGAUAACAGUAAAAUGGAGAGCUCAGUAUUAGGGACUGAAACAGAAAUAAUGGCAGUGGAAGAAGAUGUUUAAAUACAGGAAUGCUGAUAGCUGUGCAGCUGUGUGCGCAACAAAGUCACAGUCGCGGGCACUCUGUGGGUUUACAGACCCGUGUGGCUUACAUAAACACAGUUUCAUGCUUAAUGAUGGUGGCAGACUCAGGCUCUAAUAAGCUAAAACAGUUAUUCCAAAAGCCAGUAUUAACCGUUCUGCUUCCCCGCAUUCCUUUCAGCCUGAUCACAGUGGAGCUUUGAAAGUACUGUCAGAAAGGAGGGCUCUCCCAGCCCUCUCAGCCAAAAAUAGUGUGCAGCUGUUGUGCCAUCUCGCCAGGGUGAGAGGAGAGAAAUAUGGUUUGGGGGCCAUGGCAUGCUUUAGCAACCAAGUGUUAAAAAUGUCAUGACUGAGUCAUAAAAGGCAGCUGUAUUUACUAAUAAGAUAUUGGCACAAAAUGGCUGCUUUGAUGCUGAACACCCUUUUCCUCAGUGUAACAAAGCUAAGGCUGCAGCCGUUUUCUUCAGCAUGGCCCUUUCCAGCAUCUUAUUGCUGCCCUUUGGUAAUAGCCUUUGCAAUGAGGCGCACUGUCUGUUAAUUCAAAAACCGAACCAAAAUAAGGGGGGGGAACCCUAUUGUGCCAGUCAUAAGCAUUUCGUAUUCAUGAGGACAGCGGCUGUGCGAGGUGUUAAAAGUGAUUUAGUUAAAUUGACUGUUGGCUGGAUGACUGAACAGGGAUAUUGAGGCAUUUAACAAUGUUGAUGGUAUUCAGGACAAACAUUUAUCCUCGGGAGAGCAGAAUUUGAUGGGAAUGAUCAAAUGCAAUGCCGUCUCCUCAAUUAUUUAUGAAUUGAGACCCCAGUGCUAUUCAUCACAGCUGGUUUUGACACCAUUUAAUUAUUCAAAAUAAUCAGCUACACAUCUGUAAACUUGCACUGACUUAAAGUAGGCUUUGCUUCGCUGUCUCUGAAAUCGCUGCCAUUAACAAAAAGCGAGGCAGCUUCUGUCUGCAUUGUGCAGCAGAGGGAUAUAUUCCUGAAAUAGCCUUUCAGAAUGCUUCAGGGUGCCCUUGUUGCCUCUUAAUUACCCGGUAAAUAUUGUUUUGCCUAUUAGUUUUGAUUUCUGAAGUUGGGUAUCUCUUUUAAAGGAAGUAUAAUAAUUUUUAAACUGCUAUUUCAAAGUCAAAAUCUCUUCACUCCCACAAAGUAUAUGUGGAAUGAACCCAUAAGGGAUUUGCAAAAGCCAAUGUGGUGCCCUCCAUAUGUUGUUGUGCUACAACUCCCAUCAUUCCUGAUCAUUGGCUGUACUGGCUAGGGCUGCUGGGAAUUGUUAGCUGUCCUUCAUAUAGGCCACUAUUUUUAGGCUUCCCCAUGACAGACAUGGGACACCAUCUGAUUUCUAUACCUUUGCCACAUUCCUAAUUGCUUCUCACCAAGGUAACCCCUCUUGGAACAGUCACACUUGAAAAUCAGCUGUGAAUUUUCCCUUCCUUCGAUAUUCAAGUUGUCAAGGGGACAUGUAUAAAAAGUCAGAGAUCAGGUUGCCCAAGGUAGUAGGGAGUCUGUCCAUUAAGGAGUAAUGCAGAACACAGGAAGCUUAGAUGUUGCUUCAGUGCUGGGUAGCCCCAAAUGAGUAGCUUCAUAGCUGGUGUUUCUCUCCCACCCUUUCCUGGCCUGAUAGCAGACCCUGAUAUUGUACAUGUGAGGAAUCUGGAUCCUACUUCAUGGGUGGCUCUCAGGGAUAGUUGACUUCAUCCUGCCAGAUGAGCACUGCACCUCCAGUUCUGGGUUUCUGCUCAGACAUGCUGCCAUCUUUCAUCAUGGGUGUGAUCUUGUUGGAGCUAUUCUCGGGGGAGGGGGGAGUAUAUCAGUCAAGUUGCAUUGUUUCCUCCAAACCUGCCACCUUAUUAAGUGAAGUACCUUCCAUGAAGGUGGUCUUGGAAUGGUUAUUCAUAUCUGCUGACUUCUCUUUGACCCCAUGAGAACUAGGACCAGCAACAGAUACCUGUACUUUUUCUGAAGUCCUGCCCAAUUCUGGGCUGGCUCUGCCAGGACAAUGUGGGACAUGACAAGAGAUACCUUACCUCAGUCCAGAACAGUAGUUCUGUCAGCAAUAGAUGAGGCUUGGUAAUACAUUAUAGCACAGAGCUAUUCUCAUUCAAACUGUCUUUGCAAAAUAACCUUAAGACACCUUGCCUGAUUGUUAAAGUCCACCAUGAUGAGCUUAGGUGCUUUCCCCCUUAGAUGGAAUUCUUGUCUGUAUAUGCCCUCCCAUAAUAAUUGCCUUGGAAAUCAGAUGACAAGAACCACUGAUAACCUUUCUGUCUACCCCUAUUCACAUAUCUUCAUCAAGUCUGAUGACAUCUCUGGGACAUUGAUUUAGGCACAGAGUGCUGGAACUGGGCUAUAGUAGAUCUGUGCUUUAUAAGUUGCCUACAUGGAAACCCCCUUAAACAAAAAUUAAGGGGUUGGUGUUCAGGACUGAAAUAGGAAAAAAGGAGGAAAUUGGAAGGAAAAAAACAUGGCAUGGAUGGUUGUACAAUCAUGCAAACUUGUGUCUCCUCUUGGGAUCAUUUGGCAGAUUUCUCCUUCUUCCUCAUAAAGCGUGAUAGAAGAAGAAAAAGCACAAUAGAAUGUUCUGUGUCCUAUAUUUACUCUCAAAAGCUUAAAACUUAACAGAGUAGUGGUAGAAUGUUUGUCUUUAUUUGGGGCUCCACUGCUUCUCCAGCUCUCUAACUUAGAAGUUAUCUUUUCUGCCUGCAUUUUGGCAACCUUGUAGAGGAUUUGGGCAAUCAUGCCAUUAGGGAGUUUAAAUGUAAGAAGACUCUUCAGCCCUCUGAAUGUAGAUCCCUCUCCCCAUCUUCCCCUUUGGGAACUUUAAGCAGGCUUUUACUUGCAUAUUGGGAGGAGGAGGUUGUUCUUAGUUCUGUCCUUCACGUCUCAUGAAAGAGGAUUAAGCAAGGAAAUCCCCAAAGUGCUGGCAUGGAAUGUUUAUAAUGGCAUAAUAUGUAUUGGAUUUUGGAACCCAUACAAUUUUGUUUGCCUCAAAUUCAUUAGUGGGUUGGGCAUCUUUGCUGCUAGAAAGAUUAGCAGUGGUGAAUAUAAUCUCCCAAGCCUUGUCUGUUGCCUGUGGAAAAAUAAGGGUUGUGAUCCAGCCCCCAACUUGGAAUUUGACCCAAAAACAAGCAAUGCAGCUAUCCCCCCACAUACAUUCAAAAAACAUCAAUUUCUUUCCCCCCAAAAUGCUAAGAAAACAGCCAUAAGUCCACAAAAUCUGGUGGAAGAAUUCUGCACUUGAUAGCUUCCAUAGGAGCAAUAGUUUUAUGGUUCACCAAUUUCUAUUUAAAAAAUAAUACCAGGAUCCUUACAGAUUAUCCCCAAAGAGUGGUGGCUAAAAGAUAAUGCUGCUCAUAAGCAUGCCCAUAGUGCUUCAGAAAAGAGUUGGAAAACCUCUAACACUCUCGAUGUUGUUGAACUUCAACUCCCAUCAGCCCCAGCCAGCCCAGCCAAAGGUCAAGGAUAAGACAGUGGCAGUACAGCAACCUUUGGAGGGCACUAGGUGCCCUACCCCUGCUUCAGACCAUUAAAAAGCCUUCACAUACAUUAUCUCAGCACUCCUUACAACAUCCCUGUAAGUUAGCAUCAGUAUCUCCUCCACAUUGUAGUAAGGGAAGAAUGUGAUAAAGCUGAGAGAUUAAACAACUUCAUUUUAAAAAUGAGUUUAUGGAAGACUUUUAACUGCUAUUGUUAAAAUGGAAUCUAUAAACGAUGUAUACCUCUGAUUAUGAGGUGUUGAGUACAAAGGGAUGGGGACUGUCUCCAUCUAUCCCUCUGUUUGUUUCACAAGGGCAUCUGGAUGGUAUUCUACUGAAAACAUAGGCUGGACAAAACAGAUUUCAGUCGGAUCCAACAAGGUGUGGAUGUCAUUAAAUACCCUUACCCAUCUUCAUCAUUCGCACUCUCCCAAACCCAGUUUGCUUAGCUGUAGCAUUAUUCCAACUGCACUCACUUGCUACUUCCAUUGUAGAGUCAUUGUUGUCUUAUUUUCUACAGACACGAUGGAGGUGUUACAAAUUCUGGAAAAGAGCAGUGUGUGUGUGUGUGUGUGUGUGUGUGUGUGUGUAGCAGAAAGGGCAAGUGUGCCAGUUUUGCCCUCCCGCCAGCAUGGUUUCCAUUGCCUACCAACUUAGGAGAGGCAACUGUCUACAGCAGGGAGCUUUUUGUAUUCAUGGCUGCUUCCUGGGCGUUUGGAAACCCCAAUUUCCCAAAACAUGCAAGAAGCCUCCAUAGAUAUAAGAAACUCCCUGCUGCAGUCAGCCACCCUCCACACAUUGGAAGGCAAGAAAAACAGUGAUGGGGGAGGGCACUCUCACACACCUCUCACACUUUUACUUCCAGGAUUUGUAGCACCUGUACAGAGCUACAAUUGUCCCUAGGUAUCAGACAGAAAAUAAAGCCCUAUGAGAAGCUAGCUCACACCUGGGCUGGGCGUGAUUACUUUUGCUAAUCCACCCUAGUUUAGCCCCAACCCUUUCUUUGCUUUGCCAUUAAAUUUGUUGCAGCUUUACAAGCUUGGCUUUAGUUUGAAUUAGGUCUUGCUGGGCCACAGAGGCCUGUAGAAGAGACUCUUGCACUUUGCAUCUAUUUAUUGAGUGGUUUCUGAAAUUUCCAAAUAGUCUUUCUACAGUUCAGUGCACAAGGAAGCAAACAGAACCUUGUUGCAUAGCUACAAAUUGGAGAGGGAAGCAUUUGCAUGUUCUUACAAGUAUAGAUUUUACUGCUUAAUAUAUUUUUUUUUUUUGUCUCAGAGUUCUUUUCAAUUGACAGGGAAACCAUAUUAUGAUGUUGCUCUCAGGGUCGUAACUUGUUCACUUGUCUGAAGUUAUAUCAGAAUGUCUAUGCAAUCAGCCAUUCCGGAGCAAUUUCUAGCUCAUUAUGUUGGAUUAUCAGACGUGUAGCAAUUGGAUUUUACACAUAAAUUUAGCAAAAGAAUAUUUGAAGUUUAUAAAACUAAUCAGCAACUUGUUUCAGAGGGACACUGAAAAUGAAUGAGUCAUUAAACCUGGAUGUAUUAAAUCCCAAUCAGUGGUAGCACGGACAAUAUAAUUAAAAGCUAAAUUAGCCAUAAUGACACAGAAGAGUUUUAACUGUGACUAAAGGUUGAUUAAAACCAAGUGUGUUGGAUUCCAGAGUUGCCAACAAUACAUUCCAGUGGACAAAAUAAUAAGAACCGUAACCGUUCAUCUUUAAACAAAAUUAGUGUUUUGGGAAGUUAAACGCUGAGAAUGUCAUAUGAACCAGUGAGACAAAAAAAUUGAAUAAGGAAAAAGAAUGAUCUAGUGCAGUCCUGCCAGAAAGCUUUCCCUUCAGAAUCCUAAAAUAGACAAUCCAUUGUUGCUUUAUACUCCAGUGGUCCUGCAUUUGAACUGUUAGAAAUUUGGGACGAUGGGAAUAUUUCUAUAUAUUUUUAAGAAUUAGUAAGGUAAUCACAGCACAUGGUAAUGUAACCUGCUUAGACAUUUUUGCUGAUCAAAUGGUAUAUAAAUAUUACUAAAUAUAUAACUAAAUGUAAUCUCCUUAGAUACUGGCUUUAAACCAGGGGUGGCUCAGCCUGUGGUCCUCCAAAUGUUGCUGAACUGUGUCUUCUAUCAGCUCAGGCCAGUGUGGCCAGUGCCCAGGGAUGAUGGAAGUUCAGCAUCAUCUGGAGUCACAGGUUAACUACUCCUGCUUUUACCUAAGCUAGAGCACAGCUAACAUUUUAAACCACCUGCAGUGCAGCUUCCAUUUUAAAAAUAUAUAAAAACCUUUGAGUCUUAAAUCCAAAAUGCAAAAUCCACUGGAUUGUGAUUUCUGUUGUAUUUAUUCCAAUUAUUUAAAUUUGUGAAAGUUUAAAUAAACAUGGCAUGUUUCUGCUUCAUCUGACAUCUUAAAAUGUUUGUGUCAGGACAGAUAUAAAAGGGGUACCUAGUUCCUUAGGGUCUGAGCUGUAGUUGCUAAGCGAGCACCAUAAGGAUUCCCUCCUUAUGUAAGAACAAACACAUAGGAAAGCAAGCCAAGACAUAGAUUCAGGUUGUAUGACAAUGCAAGCACGUUCAUGUUUCUAGAAUGCAUACAGUUCUUACUCAAACAUAAGCCAGCCAACCAAGAGUAUUUGCUAGUUCCCUUCUCCUGGUUAUUUCCUGAAAGCUCACAAAUGUAAUUUUAAUAUGUGACCUAGCACCUGACUCAUAUCUUCUGAACGAGGAUAUAAGCUUAUUGUGAGUUGGCCCAAAUCAUCUAUAAAUGAAACAGCAGCUCAAAGUGAAGAAGCAACUUUCCUAACUUUGUCAGAUCCAAAUGGAAGGCAUUCCUAGAGUGGUAUGACAUCUACUAGAGGGAUCAGGCAGGGUCUUCUCAAGCCUUUUGACUCUUCUUAAGCUGGAGAAGUCAGCCCUCUCAUCUGACCAAGCCUACCUGUUGGCGGUGAGAGCUAAUGCUUUCAGCCUGUUUCUCUUCUCAAAAUCCCUCUUUCCCCCAGGUUGUUUCCUCUUUGUACUACAAGUGUUUAGUUUUGAGCAUCCUCCUCUCCUGUCUUGCUGCUUUUUCCUGGCAGUGUAUGUAUUUUUCUCCUUCCCUCCCUUGAUCUGUGCUGUUCCUUUCCUCUGUUCCUUUGUAUGGUAGGGAAUGGUGAGGGUAGGAUCUGCAGGUUAUUGGGGACCACCCCUUGGCUACUGAAUUACCUCUUUGACUUGAGGAAGAUGGUUGUAGUAGUGGAGAGUUGGCACAUCCUGCCCAGAACCACAACAAGCAGGAGUGCCAUUUUUAUCCUUUUCCCUCAGCUACAUUGAGCAGAGGUUUUCUCCACAUGCUUCUCAUCUUGAUGGGCCAUGAUAACCAACCAGUGGGACCAUCAGUGUUGUACUCUCCCGUUUCAUAUGGUCAGUCUUGGACUGGUGUUAAGCAGCCAGCGAUUCCAGCUUCACAUUCAGUGGGUAUGCUAAUGCUUGAUGGGUCAAGUAUUGCACUCCUUGAUGUUCUGCCGCAGUUUCCCGCCUUUUUUUCCUCUGACCCUUCUGGGUACUGCUUGCUUGAUAGCAAUGGUCUCUUUACCUGUAUUGGAGACAGGCGGGUGGAAUUUCCAAGCCAUAGCAAAACUUUUGGACUCAGAUUGACUGAGUGGUGCAGAAAACUGAUUAACCAAAGAAUGGGAGAUUGGCAGAAAUGUCUCCCUUAUCCUUCUACAUACGAAUGGAUUGUGGAAAGAUGUAUGGGACAGGAAAACGUAUAGCUUUGAGCUUCUGAGGAAAACUUAAAAAAAAAAAUUGCUUGACAUUUAACUUCAUAGGACUAAGCCCUGGUCAUUCUAAUGAACCAACCUCAACUGACCUUAAUCAAGGAGUAGGGAAAUGAAGAAUGAGGGAAAUGCAACAAACUAAGCUACUAGAAUUCAACAAUGACCGUUCACUUUUUGUAGUCGUUUCAGAGGUAUCGGCUCAGUUAACAAGGUAUACUGAUAACUUGCAGGGUCCUCAUCUGCAUGGGGCCAUUCUGUGCACACUGCACAUAUAUAUAAAUCUGCCACUGAACUGAGGCUGCAGUACAGCGGACAAAACCAUAAACCCUAAGCAUCAGUAAGGUUAAUUAAAGUUACUGACCUUAGAAACCAGUCCCACCUGAAAGGUCCUUCAAGAUGUAAUGGCAACUGAUCCAAUUUAUGUGCAUUAUGUAAAUUUAUUGUAGGUCAUUCAAUAACAGGGACUGAAUUCUAUUUCUAAUAUGCUAGCGUGUGUUUUUUACAGCAAGUUUGAAUCCUCACUGGCUUCAUUCAUUUUUCUUCUACAGUACACGCUAAGAUAAAGUUGGAUCAAUAUUUUUUUCAUAGAAUGUCAUUAAAUUGUACUGGAGACUUUCAUUUUAAGUCUAUAAAGCAGAGUAGCCAAUGUGGUGCCCUCCAGAUGUUGUUAAACAGCACUCCCAUCAACCCCAGCUUCUGAGGAUAAGGAGUUGUAGUCCAACAUCCGGAUGGCACUGUGUUGGUUACUCCUGCUGUGUCACACACAUUUGAUGGUGCUCUUUUGAUGGUGCUCUUUCUGAUGAUGAUUGCAUCAUCAUCAGAAUCUGCAGACCUUACAGAACCAUGUAAAAAGUGGGAGGGUAGUGAAACAGCACAGUGAUUAAUGGUUGAUAAUUAAAAAUAUCCUUUGGAUUAAAUCACUGAAUCCUUUCUCUGCUGAGCUACUGGUGUGAAAACACUGUUCUAGAAUACAUAAUCAGUGACAUUAGUGUCAAUUAUUCCAUGUAAGGAUUAGACCUGAUACCCCGUUCAGCUUCUUUGUUUGUUCUUUAUUUCUUCUGGACAACUAUGGUGAUUUGCUUACCAUAAAAAAGCAAAUGCCACUGCUUUAUGAGUCUAAAUGCCUCUAAUUAUAUUUGGACUUGUGAUAUUUUGGAUUUCCAAAAAAUGUAAAUGUUUUGGGGCUAGAUAGGAGGGAGGGCAAUGAAUUGGCUUGUCACUUCUUUAUGACAGUUUUGUAUUAAUCCUGCACUCUGGCUACAUCUGCAGUUUCACUAACAUUUCUCGUGAUAAUUUUCUCUGUCACUUAGCUCCUACUCCAUCAUUGCAGCAGCUGUGCUGUACUAAUGACUUCCCUUAUUAGGAUGCUCCUGAUUAACACGUGAAGCCUGGGGUAUGAAACAGUGUGGCAUCUUGUAACCCUUGGGAGGACAAGGGAAACGGGUGGCACUGACGGCACCCUGCCGAAGUAGCGUUUGGAUAAAAUUCAGCUAAAUACAUUGAGAAAAUGCCCUAGAAAGAAGCAACAAUGUUACAUUGUUAUAAAAAGAUUUUUAAAAUGUAAUUAGGACACUUAAAAUAAACGGCAGAAUUGACAUUUCUGACUAAGAGGAACGUAGGACUGUGUAAUCACUGUGUUGUCCAACUUAACACUUUUUGAUAUUAUUUAAUAUCAAAAUGUUAACAUAUUUUAAUUAUUAUUUAAAGUUACAAAAAAGCAUUGAAGACAGAAAGUGCCUACAAAGCAAACACUGGCUUCAAUGUGGAAUGUGAUAAACAAGAAAUCACUCACAUCUUAAGGGGGGAAAUGAAACCAACACACACACGUGUGUGUGUGUGUGUGUGUGUGUGUGUGUGUGUAUAUAUGUGUGUUGGCAUCUGUCUGUCUAGAGACAAUGGAGGAGGUGAAGUCAAACUGUUAGAAGGUCACUGCACCUGCUGUGGCUAUAUAUAUUUGAGUUGUCACAAUUAAGGUGGUUCAAUUAUGUUGAUGUGCCGAUUUUGAUUAUUUUGCAUUUUUCACUUCACUUUACCCCCUUGGUUGUCUAUUUUGGUGACUAACUCUAAUGAUACAUUGGGACCCUUGUUCACAUUGGGCCCCUGUGAAACACUGUAAAUUCAGUCUGUUCUAAACUGCAAGUACUUCUUCAAUACAGUCACUCUGCAGCUUAUGUGCAUUUAACCUUGUGCAUUCAGCUUUACACGCUUGGCAAACAUUUUUUUUACAAAAAUUAAAAAGGGUCAAAAAGUGGACGGGCAACUGGGGGAAAAGACUUCUGCAAUCCUACUUGCCAUUGCACCCAAUGUGUUUUGACUAUUUACGUUUUUAGCUCUAGGGGCGAUUCCCCAGAAUGUAACCCCCCUACAAGUUGUGGGCUUACUGUACUGCUUUGUAUUUCCUAGGUAGGCACUCACUCCUCUACCAGACCUAGGGAGUUAUGACUGUGAGUUGCUAUAUGGCAUAAAACUUGCUCAGAACCCUUUUAAGAGCAGAGUUGCUAUUUUGGCUAUGUUGUUCCUGCUUCUGAAAGUGCUCUAAUUACAAUUAAGCCUUGGGCAAAUGGCUAGCAAAAGGCCUGUGACCACAUUGGUGUCGCAUUCUGGCUGCUAUUAAGGGAGCUCUAGAUAGAUGGGAAAGCGGUGGGUGGGUGGGUGGGGGGUUGCACCACAAUGAAUUGUAAUCACCAUGGACUUAUAUCAGAUACUGGGAAGCAGGCAAUAUCCUUAAUAGAACUAGGAUAUGUUUAAGCAGUGUUAUGCUGAAAGAAUUCUCAUGGGCGAAGAGAAUCAAUUACACCCACCAUUUCAAUGUGUUCUGAAUGAGCUGCUUGCAAAAUGAGACAGACAAAAUGUUUUGCACUCAUCUGCCUUUUUCAAUGUAAUUGUUUUCUUAACAGGAAGUGCAGCGUUGUACAUCCGACAUGAACAUCACCGCUGAACAUUCCAAUCACCCCGACAACAAGCACAAAAACAGAUACAUCAACAUUUUAGCAUGUGAGUAGUAAAGGCCUUAAGAGACAACAGUAACAAAAAGUGUCCACUUUAUACUACAGUACUGGCGUAAGAAUGCCUGUCUGCCUAGCAUGAGGUUAGUUAGAGUGACAAAAGUUUGUUUUCAUCCAAGGGACAAGACACCCCUGUUAGGUAUGCUUUCUGAGAGGACUGAUGUUGACAGUCUGACAUUAGAUACUUUUGGAUUUUGGUUAGAAAGUAGCAAUCCUGCCUAAAGAUUUCACAGCUGAAUGUUAAAUUACUAAAUUACUGUCUGAUCUAGGUAUGCUAAUCUCUGAAAAGCGACUUGAGGGAAGUACAUAUUUGACAAUCCUUGCUAGUUCCAUUCUCUCCCAAACUUGCUAAUGGGUUUGUCACAUUUCCAAGUGCUCUGGAAAGAAACAAACCCAGAACUUUUUGAUCCCUUAGCUGACCAUUUCUGCCACUUUUUUUUUUCUGGACAGCAAAUUAUUUUACUGGUGCAGUUGAGAAUGGAAGAAGUUUUGUGAUCUUCAAAUGAAGGGCAGCAUAUAAAUUUAAUAAGUAGUAAUAAGAAUCUUUAGGGAAAGAAUGGUUUAGCCCCAAAAGAGCCAAUGAAGGUUUCCUCCAGAUGUUGGACUCCCAGCAGCCCUGGACAUUCGCCAUCCAUGCUAGUUGGAGCUGAUGGGAGUUGUGCUUAUUAGUUUUCUGGUUAGGGAAUUGUCCUUUUAAGAAAUCCAUAGUUUUAAUCUCCUAAUAUGUUUUCCUGUUUUGUGCCUGUUUGUUAUCUUUCCUGAAGAUGAUCACAGUAGAGUGAAACUAAGACCUUUGCCGGGAAAAGACUCGAAGCACAGUGACUACAUUAAUGCCAAUUAUGUUGAUGUAAGUUGUUUUUUGCUCUCAUCUCUCUUUUGAGAAACACUGUCCUACAGAAGAAAUAGAAACCAUUAGUACUUGUAGAAUAUUUUUUUUUUUGCUGUUGUUUUGUUGACUAACUUUAGCUCCAGACUCCUCAAACGUUCAGCAGGAAAGGCAUCUCACACUGCAAUAUAUACAUUAUUAAUAUGACUGCCAUGCAGAUACUUUAUCUUGCUUUGCCUUAUGGUUUUCUUUGAAGGGUUACAACAAAGCGAAAGCCUACAUUGCCACCCAAGGACCUUUAAAGUCUACAUUUGAAGAUUUCUGGAGAAUGAUUUGGGAGCAAAACACUGGAAUUAUCAUCAUGAUUACAAACCUUGUGGAAAAAGGAAGAGUAAGGGCAAUGCAGUUUUUCACUAGCUACUUUUCUCGCUGUGAUUAUGUGAUCUGUAAGACUAAGGGGAUGGGUGUGGUGGUAGUGAUGCUUGAAGCCUUGCUUCUAGCAGUGAUAGGCUGAGCUCUCCUAAGGUCACAGAAGAUCUGGGGAAGCAGAAGGCUGACACUGGCUGAGCUGAUUGUGCCCUAGAGAAAGAGGCGUCAAAGAAGGUUCCUGAGAAGGCAGCAUACCACUGAACAAAGGAGGGCCUAGGAAACCAAGUUUGGAAGAGAGAGAGCACCAGAAGAAUUCUCUGUCAUCAGUAUUACCAUACUUAUAUGUAUGCUGUGAUUCCAUAAAAAUUAUUCUCAGAGCAGUUUCAAAUGAACAACGUAACGAAGUUAAACAAAAAUAAUAGCAACAAUAUAUAAAAAUGCAACAUCAAUAAAAAUUAAAACACACUAUCAAUAAUACAUACCAAACAGUAUGUCAGACAGUCAAUACAAUAAACAUAACAGUAUUUGAUACAAAAUAACAGUAUUUGGUACAUAAUAACCUAACCAUCAAUUUAAUAGAUACAGGAACCUGUGGAUAAGCACCAUUUCCUUAAUAGAACAGUAUAAAAAUUCACAACAUCCAGCAGAACACAGCUUCAGCACCCCUAAGUGGUAGCCAAAAGUACACUAAUGCCCAGUACAUUGGUGAACUUACUCUCACAGUCAGCAUACCAGAGCACAGGCAAAUAGCAAAAAAAAAACCCAACAACCUCAAAGCCGCUUAGAGCAAUCUGAGGGUUCUUUUUUAAAAAUGCAGGAAAUGAGCCAGAUCCAGAACAUUCUAAAAAGACCAAUCCUCAUGCUACAAGCCAGACAAGAGACUGAAAUGAGGUCAACAUUAGCACUCAUGCUAUCAGCAAUAAGAAAAGGGAUCAUGGUCCAAGCAUUAUUUUAGGGAGCCCAGUACAAACUUGCAGUGCAGACCCCCUGCCACAUACAUACUAUGAUCACAACCCAUACAUAGAAUAGCAUGUUACCAAGGAAAAGUUUCCAUUUUAAUUAAACUUUCCACCUCUGAAAUUUUACCAUGGCCAGAGCUGGCCAAAGGCAUUUGGCCGACCGGGGUAAAGAACAAUUCCAUGUACAGAAGCCAGCCAGAUUGGCAGCUGACUCUUACUUCAACACUGGUAAUUGGUCAGCAUUCCUCAUUGCGUCAGAGGACAGCAGGCUAAUUUAGGGAUGCAGGGCAGGCUGCGUGGCACAAAUAACUCUGUUUUCCAUCACUUCUUAUAACCCCACAUCUGCCACCUAAGGUAACUGCCUGACAGAGCACGGUCCACACUAGGACCUUUUUACUAAGGCCCAAAUAUAUACACACUAUUUGCCAUUGUUGGUAGCAGAAGAGUUAUUUGAAGCUUGCUGAUUAUUUUGUAACUUUUUGGUUGAUCGUAAUGAAGUUGUUAUCCUGUUGAUGCUUUGAUUUUGGUUUUUGUUUUUUUUAGAAGACUAACAAGCUGCAAAUGUUUCAUAAAUAGAUCAAUUCACUUCAGAGAUUUAUUUUUCUGGCCUUUUUCAUUGAGAAAUCAUGAAUUAUCUCACCCAAGUCAAUUUACCUUGCAAGUUCGCACACAAUAGACAAAAUAAUUAGGUAGCUUAACACACACUGCACCAAAAGUUAGCUGCUUUUUUGGUAAAUCUAAUUUAGUUAGAUAAGCAGAGGUCACACACACUCUUCCCAAAGUAGAUUUUUUGAGAUGCGGUGUUUCACAAGGAAAGUUCUAAGGAAGAUCUGUAGGAUACUUAUGAAGUAGACAUUUACUCACAUAUAUUUUGGGCAUGCAAAUCCUACAUGUAGCACUGACUUCCUCUAGCCCUAGGAUCAAUAACCCUAUUCUGCUUUGUCCUCCCCAUCAACUCUCCGUCCUUCCUUCCUCUGCAGAAGGAACUUUGAGACUGAUGGAUCUUCAGUGAGCAAGUCACAUAGGAAAAGCACAAAUCUCUCCCUCAAACUGCAAGUUCCCUUUUAACUGCACGAGCACAGUCUCUCUGGGCUGCAACGUAGCCUCAGUUGUCCUUCUAGUAAUGAUGUUGCAGCCUUGUAGUUCUCCAGGCCCCAGUAAAAUGUACCAUCCCCCCCUCCACACUUGCCCAUGUUUGGGCAUUGCGGGCAAUGAUAAUUUCCAAAGAACCCUCAAACCAAAUGUGCCCUUGCAACCUAAGUUCAACAAAAGGCCAAGAAAACAAGAAGCACUCACUUUUGCAAUUCCACUAAGAGAUGGCACAAAGGGGAGGCAACUUUUAGGUGCAGCUUUCCACUCCAGCUGCUGAUGGAAUAUGGCUCUGUUGUUCUGUCUUUCACACUCACUCCCUGUGUGGCAGAAAAGGUAACUGGGGCCAGGGCAUUCCAGAUGACAACCGCUUCCCUGCGUUCUCAACUGGCCCAUCAGCUGAGAAGCUGCAGCUGAUACUGGUUUCAGGCCAGAGUCAUCUGAAAAAGGAGGGAAGACUUUUCUAGCAUGUUGCUGGUCUUGUGUUCUCUAGCACGCUUCAAAAUCUAAUAUCCUAUGCUACUCUGUCUUUUCUCAGAGAAAAUGUGACCAAUACUGGCCAUCAGAAAACAGUGAAGAAUAUGGCAAUAUCAUUGUCACAUUGAAGAGCACAAAAAUACAUGCUUGCUAUACAGUCCGCCGCUUCACAGUCAGGAAUGCAAAAAUGAAAAAGGUGAGAAGUUAUUGCAUUGUGGUUUGGACAAAGGAUAGACACUAGGAAUAUGCUAUUGGGUGCGAUAUACACAGCUGCUGUAUAUCUCUUUGAUGAAAUAUCUGGACCCAGCCAUUCAAAUGCACUCUCCUAGAUUUAAUAAGGCAGGAGGGAUGGGGGACAAGAGGACACAUGGACGGGUAUGUAUCCACCAGCACCCUGUCCACAUCAGCUGACUGCAUAAGCUGAAACCAAUCCCACAACACAUCACCAGCACUUUACAUUGGAUAUUUCUUCUGCAACUGAAACAACUACAGAGUCAAGUUCACUCCAGAGCUGAGCAACUUUAUAUUGUGUAACCAGUCAGUCGCAGCAGGUCCUCAAAUGUUCCAGGGGCCCCACCCCAGAGGCAGAAUUAGGGGAGCGCAAUUUUGUGGUUCGGUCACACUGGAUAUGGAGCCUUGGGCAUGUCACAACUAUGCUUUAGAAUGGACCACAAGAGGCUGGGGUGCCAAAUUUUGGCAUUGCACAGGGCCCCAGUGAAAUUUGAGACCCCAAGGUCCAAAGCCUGCAGUGCCACAAUGGCAUCCUGUCAUAAAAUGGAAGAGCUUUCAUUCUGGCAUGGAAUGAUAUCUCUACUAGUAAAUUGGUUCUGGGGGUGCUCAACUACCCUACAUGCACAAAGAAAGGUCACAGAGGCAGGUAUUUGAAUAAUGGCUGUGCUUGUAGAAUGAGAGUCAUUGCUAGGCAGUUGUUUUGCCUAUGUAAUCCUAUUUUUCAGCUCAAGCAUGUAGAGUUCAAUCCUGCUUUUUGCAGGGAUCAGCUGCACAAGCAGUCAAUCCAGCUACCAGUAUGUCUUCACCUGCCCACACCUACACCAAACAUGAUGUCAGGUGUGGGGCACAUGGGCAUGGAAAACCAAGAAAGACCAACCUUUCUGCCAGUGAUUUAUUUAGUCUUACUUAGACUACUUAGAAAAGUAUCGUGAUUUUAUUUAUAUAUUUUUGCAGCAAGUUAAAAGAAGAAAUUGAGAAACUCACCAAAAGAGUAAGAAAUCAAGAAGAGAGACUUUUAAAAAUACAAUGGGGGGAAAUUAUUGACUAUUUGAAGAUACACUGUAAACAAAUCAAAACAUUAGUGGGACUGAUAUAAACAUGCACAAUAAGAGAUAAUUAAGGGGAAGAUAAGGGAAAAUUAGUAAAUAUAUUUGAAUUAGAUGUGCAGUAAUAAAAAGAUAUAAAAUAAAUAACCGCAGAAAGGAGGGAAGUUGAGGGGAAGGUAAAUUAGACUUGCAAAGAUUUUGUUUCUCUUGUUAAAAUAUUUGCAAAAGGUGAAAAUGAUUUUUUAAAAAAAAAUUAGAAGAAUAGGCAUUGGUUAAAGCUUAUCUCACACCUGAACAUGGUGCAGUUCAAUCCCCAACUAAUAUGUUUUCCUCCUGUAUGUGUUUCAUAUAUUCUGGCUCACUAGGGGAACCCUAAAGGACGACAGAAUGAACGGACGGUCAUUCAGUAUCACUACACACAGUGGCCCGACAUGGGUGUGCCUGAAUAUGCACUGCCAGUGCUGACAUUUGUAAGAAGAUCCUCUGCAGCCAGGACUGCUGAGAUGGGCCCAGUGGUUGUGCACUGCAGGUACAGCUGGGCAAGUUCAGUCUAAUUUUGCGUGCAACAUGUUGUAGAUUAAUCUACAACUGAAGUAGAGCAUAACAGUAUUUCCCAUAUGUAUCGUGCACUUUACAAUCAAUUAUAUUCAUUUUGCAAUAGGAAGAGAUUGUGAUUUAUCAACACCAUUCACUGAAUCAUUGGCUGAACCACAGUUUGAACUUCAAUUUCUCUGGUCCAAUACAAGUUUAUUAACUGUCCCGCACAGCACAUCACUUUGCUGGGUGAAAUUCUCUUAUAUAGAUGAAUGACUUUCUGGGAUCUGAUAAUUCUGUAAUCCAUAGCAGAACUGGGCAGUUUUCAUUGAAUUCUAGAGGAUUAUGCAGUUCGCUGCAGGAUUUCAUGCUGUGAUCGCUUGCUGUCAUUAUAUGGGACAGAGCUUUCAGGUUCUACCGAAUAGGUUUAAUCCAGAACUGCCCUAUGCCACACCAGCUGCUCAAGAACAUUUGCAACUUUUUCUUUAACCACAACAGAUUCAGAAAAGAAUUCAUCAGAUGAAGACAUUUAAACUUUUCCAGACUUUUUAAUGUAUUGUUGUUUUAACAUGCUGUAUUCUUACAUUUUGGCUUAUUUUUUUUAUCUUUGAAUUACCGCUAAAGGGUUGAAUGUUUUGGAGCUUUUUUAAUUGUCAGAAAGGGCAAAAGUAAAUGAAUCCUACUUUCAUCAGUGGGAUUCCUUAAUAUGUUCUGAUUGCAAAAUGUAAGACUCCUUUUUGGGAAAGAGUAGCUGUGUGCUACAUGUACUUCCUAAAUUUGCAGAUAUUUGCAUGUUCACAUAUUUAUUUAAUAUAUUAUUUUAUUUACUGCAUUCAUAGCCCACCUUUUUCUUCAAGAAGCUCAAGGUGGCAUACAUGAUUCUCCCCCUCCUCAUUUAGUCCCCACAACAACCCUGUGAGGUAGGUUAGGCAGAGAGGCUGUGACUGGCCCAAGUUGAGCUUCCUGGCUGAGCGGGGAUUUGCACCCCACGUCCUUGUCCAACACUCUAACCGCUACACCACCAAGUCGCACAUAGUCUUGUUUCUCUCAAACCUGGAGAGUAUGAAUCUUGAAAUCCUGAAAAUGAAUCUUACCAGCUGACCUGUCUUUAAAUGCUGAGCAAGACUGGCCAACCUUUUUUUGGCCCAGAAGCUGCAUUCACUGGGAGCUAAGGUUCCUUGUGCGAGGAUUCAAAGAAACACCUAAGAUCCCAGCAAUUACAAGCAAAUUGAAAGUUGGCCAUUGCAUAUUAUAGAAAAUCUAAAGAGCAAGACUUUGUGAAUGUAAAGAAGCGUAUACUGUAUAUCAAUAUUAGCAUGGUGUUGCAAUUCUUUAUUAGUGUUUAACUAGCCUUUCUCCUGAAACUUCUGUUUUGUCAGCGCUGGUGUUGGCAGGACUGGUACCUACAUUGUUAUAGACAGUAUGCUGCAACAGAUAAAAGACAAAAGCACAGUUAACGCCCUGGGUUUCCUGAAACACAUCAGGACACAGCGCAACUACCUCGUCCAGACAGAGGUAAAACACAGAGACACAUUUAUUUUUACCGCAGCAAGCUAUUGUCGCCAAUUAAAUAUUGCAAGAGGGUCUGCCAAGUGUAAUUUCCACUGAAAUAUCUCCAUAGGUUACAUACUGCAUUUCUUAUGUUUUUCUGUGAAUUCAGUUUGCAAAUGCAUGUCGUUGUCGUAUUAUUAUUUAGCAAUUGUGUCGCUUUUAAAAUAAACCAAGCACUUCACAGAGAAUUUUCAAAAUACUAGACCCAAAAGCUUACAGUCUUUAGUAUCCACAAGGCCUUUAGUAUGCCAAGGUAAUGUAUAUUUUAUAACACAGAGAACUUUCGUAAAGGUGAACAGCAAUUGAUUAAAGUUGAUGCAAGUCUCACUACCACCACCACUUUCCUUUUUUGUAAAAGUAAAGGAGAAAAUAGUCUUAGAAAAAGAAGGGAACUGAGGCGUACAGGAAGAAAAGGGAAAUUCAAUACAUAAAAAAAAAAAAAAUAAGCAGAACAGCAAGCUGCAAAAGAAAAAAAAGCAAGCAGAGAUAACUAUGGGGAAAAUCUGAAAAUUUAUCUAAGCAGUAUUUUUAUUUAGUUGGUUCAUUUUUAACUUGCCCUUCAUUAAGCAAAUGGUCCAGGUUGGGAUACAGUGAACAUAAAAUCAAACUAGCGAGGCAACAGUUCUAAACUCUACACCUUACUCCAAAAAAUCAGUGUUCUAAUACAUCUGGCUAAAGAGGCAAGCUUUCAGCUGGCACCAAAACCAACCAAAAUUGGUGUCAAAAAGAUUUCAAGAGGGGAAGGCAUUCCAAAGUCAGGAAGCCAGCACCAAGAAGGCCCUUCUGAGAGCUGUAGAUGUACAAACCUCACUCGGAGGUGAACUAGCGCUUUUCACACAGUCUUCACACAGUUGCCUUUAAAGAAGCUAUGCUCCACUUACUAUGGGCUUGCUUUUUCAUUCUUUAUUUGCUUCCUGCCAUUCUAGGAGCAGUAUGUUUUUAUUCAUGAUGCCUUGUUGGAAGCCAUUCUUGGGAAAGAGACUGAAGUUUCUGCUAACCAGCUACAUAGCUAUGUUAAUAGCAUUCUCAUACCUGGAAUUGGAGGAAAGACUCGGCUAGAGAAACAGUUCAAGGUAAGCUUCAUUCUUAGCUUGUUCAGCCCUGCUGCCUUUCCUAGGGGGAUAAAGUGAUCAGACCAAAACUGUACUUUAUCAAUGCGGAUGGGUGGGAGGAAUGGUCUGAUGAAAAGACUUUUGGUUACACCUCUGAAGUUGUCUUAAUGUGUAAGGCAAGUUCACCUAGGAGUAGAUGGGCAUUUAAAUAUCCCAGUCCUAUGCCAUUUAGGACAUAAUACUCAUCCUUCAAUUCAGAGCCUGGAAGUGGAUCAGAGGCUAUCCCAACCUGAUAGAUGGUGCUGAAAGCUGCUGAUAGGUCCAGCAGAACCAGCAGGGGUACUCUCCCUUGUGAGCUUCUGGAAAAGGUCAGCCACAAAAGUGACCAUGGCCGUCUCCAUCCUAUAUCUUGCCUAAAGUGGGACUGAAAUGGAACAUGAUAAUCUGUGUCAUUAAAGAGAUCCUGCAGGUUUAUCACCAUUGCACCCUAAGCACCUUUCCUAAGAAUGAAAUAUUACAGACUGGGUGGAAUUUUAAACGCAUUUAAAACAUAUAUCUAAAACACAUCAGCAUCUACGUGCCAUUAUAGGCUUGGCUAAAGAAACAUGUUUUAAACAAGUGACAAAAGGUGUACAGCAAAAGCACCUUCCUGAUGUCAAUAGGCAGAGAAUUCCAAAGUAUAGGCGCCACCACACUGAAAGACUGAUUUGUGACAACUGUGGUAUGAGUAUUGUGUGUCAUCUGUAACGGUGCCUAUUCUGCAGAUUGAAGCGAUUGAGAGCGCACAUGUAACGUAAGGCGAUCUCACAAGUAAACUGGUCUCAAGCUGUUAAGGGCUCUCUGUACUAAAAGUAACACCUUGAUCUUGUCCACAUCUUCAGUGACACAAGUGAAAAACUAUCCAUAAAAAGUAGAGCAAGUAGGACCCAGGUUUACACUUAUUGAACCUGCAUUAACGGUGGCUAGUGAUGUGAGGUGAGAAUAUUCUCUGCUAGAAAAUUCUCUGGAGAAUAUUCUCCACAUUCAAUGGUAUAAGGUGCCAUUUACCAGAGAUUGACAUUAUAUUAUCAUAUAAUGAUAAUAUAUUUAAUGUUAAUGGCUUCUUUUUUAUAUGUACGCAUAUAGUUAUGUUUAUCAAGUUAUGUUUUAGUCACCAAAACAGUUAUUAAGUGUUAGAGCUAUUAGGAGCACAAGAUAGACUAUUACUGAAUUUACUUGUAUCAAACCUUAACAUGCCAAUUGUAUUUUUUGACAUGUCCUGUAAUAUGUACAUGUUCUAAUGGAAAAAUAAAAUAUGAUUUAACUACUGAGUUUUCUUAUACCAAACCUUAGCAUGACAAUUACUAGUGCCAUCACCUUAGAAUGAUUUAACUUUAACUAUAAAACAUGUUUUACUUUUUUAUUUGAUACUUGCAAGUGACAAGUAUGUUCGUGCUUAUAUAUUUUCACUGUGGUUCUUUUACUAAAUAUAUGGUUAGUGGUGAGUCAUUCACGUUGAAUUUUCAAUUUCAAGUUUGGUGCAAAAAAAAUCAAAGAAUGUAAAUUCAUGUUAUUGCCCCAUUGAAUAAAAGUAUCUGUACAAUUUUUGGUUGCCAUCUAAACAAGUUUACCCAUUAAUAAAAAUGUAUAUUAACAACUUAUAUCAUUCUGAAUACAUUAAAUUAUAUAAUUUUCAGUGCAUUAAAAUGAAUAUUCUAUUUUAAAUGAAAAUUCUCUAAUAUUCACAUUAGUCAAGAAUAUUCUCCAAAAGAUUAUUCUUGAGAAUUUAAUAUCACUAACUCUGGCGUCUCAAGUGGGAACAAAAUAUCUGAUGAUUUUGUCUGUGAAGUAUCUCGAGAAGCAGUCACAGUAAGCUCACUUUUUACCAUGAAAGUAUCACAGUCAACUUGGCAGGCAAAAUAGGCAAGCCCAGGAAUAACUGAUCUCAGCUGCAGCAUUCAGGUUCACAAUAGCAGCAAGGAGGGAAAAUUCCUUAGGCGUAGUCUUGUUUUGAUGUUUUAUAAAAGAACAGAGAGAGCUUUUUUGUUUCCUGAGACCUGUUCUGACCUACAUAUAUCUUUGGGGCUUUGCAAUAUGUCUUCAGCAGAACUCAAAUCGACAUUGUCAAACCAGGUUGGAAUGGAAUUUCAUUCACCCUGCGUGAUAUAAAUGAGACCUAUGCAAACUUGAGGGCCCAACAUGUGUUUGUAUAAGUACCUUUCUUUAGGCAGAAAGUUCAGUUCAUCUUGGCGUUUUGAAUGCUUUUAGCAUAUUUUACAGUUUAGUCUUCCAGAGAUGCAUUUUCCCCCAGAAAUAAGAAAUAUUUGUGUGUGUGCAUGUGUGAGAAACAGAAAGAACUGCAAAGGACUUAAUCACUCUUGCUUAUUUUUUUAGCUGGUUAUGCAAUGCAAUGCUAAGUAUGUGGAGUGCUUCAGUGCUCAGAAGGACUGCAACAAAGAAAAGAACAGGAACUCAUCAGUUGUGCCAUGUAAGAUCACAUCUUAAAGUCUGAUUGUUGUGCUGAAUAAUUUCCUUGUGCUAAAUUCUGAAUUGUGUUUGCAUGAAGUGAUGUGGGCCCUCAAUUGGAUUGUUUUGUGCUAUUGGGUCAGAGUUCUUUUUUUUUAUAUAUAUAUUUUAUUAAGGAUUUUCUUGUUUUACAGAAGUGUAGUGCCUCGUAUUUUUUUCUUUCCAUGUAACAUUUUUACAAAUCCAUUUCAUUUGUUGAGGCAUUAGGGGAGAAGGAAAAAGAAAAAGAAAAAGAAAGGGGGUGGAGAGAGGGAAGAUGGAUAGGGGUGGGGUCGGGUGGCGGUGUUUCUAUUAUGUUUAAUGUAUGUAGAGUUUGGUGUCAGCGUUGCUUGUGUUGUUCACUUGUGUUCCUUUGGUGGUGAGAGAGGUUGGGGUUGGCCUAGGGUGUGAUUGUUUGCUUGUGAUUGGCUGUGGUGAUCUUUGUUUUCAUGUGUGAGUGAGGUGGGUGGGUGUUUUGGAUCAGGUUAGCCAUAUUGAUUUGUAUGCUGUUGGUGGAGGUCAGAGUUCUUUUUAAAUAUAAAUCUGAUUUGUGGCUCCUGAUGCUGGAUUAAUGUUAAUGCAUUCCAAUGCAUAAAUACAAAUAAGUUUUGAACCAAGUGAAAGUAUAAGAGUUUAAUAUAGUGAUGAAGUAUUUUCAGAUAUUUUCAGGGAACUUAAUACAGUUUCCAGGAAUUUUCACUUGUCUUUUCCUGCAGAAAUUCAAUUAUCAGCACUUUCAGAAGUGCAAAAUAAUUUUAGGGAAGAAAAAAUCCUAAGAGAAAAGACUCCCCCCCCCCAUGAACAGCUCAAUGCAUUCUGCCCAUGCUCAAUAGCCAUAUAAUGCUGUUUGUUGGUGGGGAGAUGGAAAACGAGGCAGGCGUGGGAAUGGAACAGAGUAUUGUGAAGGAGAGCAUGGCUGGCUGGGACACUGAACAGGAGGUCUGCAUGCUGCAACUUUUGGUUGCAGGUCCCAAAUAUUUAUGGCAUUGGUUUUCAAAGUGUUGUAAUUCACCCCAAUUCUUCAUGCCAAUGGGUGAAUAAAUCUAAAUAAGUAAAUGGGGUAUGCAUCAUUAAGGAUGAUUUGUCUGUGUUAGUCCUACAAUAAAAAUAUUACAUCUGAAAUAUUAAGUUGAUCCUUAGAAGCGCUUCAAUGGCUGGGAGGCAAAACUUAUAUGGGGUCAUUGACACCAGUCGCCUACAUCAGCUGAAAUCCAAGUAUUUUUGCUUAUCUGCUUUGCUGAAGUUUUUUAUGCUCACUCCGCAAAAGAAUUGGUAAGCGUGGCUACCUCUGCAGUCAUUAGAAGAGUCCAGUGGUAUCCAAACCUUUUUCAAAGAGGGCCAGAUUUGAUGAAGUGAAGGGCCGUGAGGGCCGACCAAAGUUGUUGACUUUUUUUAGGAUUUUACCCCAAAGUUGUUGAGCUUUUUUAGGGUUGAAUUUAGAAUUGAUGAGAUUUUUUUAGGAUUUUACCCCAGGAAAUAAACUGCCACGGGGGCUGGAUUAAACCGACCAGCGGGCUGGAUUAGGCCCUCGAAACAGACUUUGGACAUACCUGGUCUAGAUAAAUCCACUGCUGUGUGUGUGCAUUCUGUGGUAGUUAACUUCAAUUAAUGUGGUUCUCAGAGGAUAGCUGCUGACUUGCCCUGAAGUUAGGGAAGUGGCUGCUGCUGUCGCUACUUUUGGGAAGGGAUGAGAGCAGCAAAAAUAAAUCAAAUGUUGUUGUGUGUAGUUGCCCAUAAAUGAUCUGAUCAUCAUCAAAUCUUUAUUUCAUUUAUUACAUUUUCAUCCUCUGCCCUUUCUCCAGGGAGCUCAAGGCACAUAGUCCUGACUCUAUUUAUCCUCACAACAAACUUGUGAUGUAAAUUAGGCUGGGAGUAUCUGGCCCAAGGCCCUGGGUGAAUUUCAUAGUGGAGAGGGAAUUCGCUAUUAACUAUUAUUUGGCAUCUGGGGAUAGCAGAAAGUAGUAAAAUUUUAUUGCUGAAAUUAUAUCCUUGUGCAAACAUUUCAUUUUUAUCAUUUUUAUAGCUUUAUCUCCUGCAUGAGCUCAGCAAAUUUUAUGAUACUGGGUCUGGCCCUGGGAGAAAUAGGAGUUGUGUUAUGAUAGCUGUGCUAAGAUUGUGAGUUUUGUUUGAUAUGGGCUUUUCGUCUGUUCAUUUGUUUGUUUGCAGCUGAACGAGCAAGGGUGGGACUGGCACCAUUACCUGGAAUGAAAGGAACUGAUUACAUUAAUGCCUCUUAUAUUAUGGUAAGAAAAUCAACAGAAAGUAACCGAAUAUAAAAUUGUUCAGUUGGUUUUAUCUAUUGUUGCAAAUAGCUCUUUUGUUUCUUUUUUCAAUGAGGUGAUUCUUUUUUCCAAAGAACAGCCACUGUGUGCAACAAACGUUAUACAGUGCUGCUUAGAAUUAAAAGAAAUUCAUUUUUUAUAACUUAGGGAAUUAGGUACACAAUUCAUCCUCUCCUGCAUGCACAGCUCAUGGGAUGAGAUCACCACAGAGCUUCAAUUGAGUCUUCUAACUCUGAUUCCCUUGCCAGCCCUUGACUGGGCAGAUGUUCACUAAAGCAUGCCAGCUAUUAUGUAGAAUGAGAGGAGCCCAGCACAUCUCCCAUUCCAGGUAAUAACCAGCAUGCUGCAAUGGAUAUAUGUCCCAGCCAAGGACUAUGGUGUAGUUAAAAGGUUCAUUCAGUCCUGUGGAGAUCCUGCCCUGCUUGCACUGCUCUGUGAGCUGCUGUGCAGGAGGGAUAGGCCAUGCCCUACAUUGGCCAGUCAUAUUCUUCAUAGUUGCAUAUUGUGUGUCAUUUGCAUAUUUUGUCAUUGACAGUGUCAUUCUACUGGAGGAAUUUUUUUUAAACAUCUGAAGUGACAUUUGCUGUACCAGAAACUAGAACAAGUGGCAUCACAGAAGGAAGGCAAUAUAUCUAAUAACUGUGCUGAAUCCAUUAUUUUUAAUUAGGGUAAACAAAUAUUAGUUGCAGCUCAUCUUAGUUGUUUCCACUGUGGUCCUCUACACUCAGUGGGUUGCCGUUCCUGGUGGAAACUAUUCAGUUAAGUGAAACAUGUUUAUAGAGUUUAUUUUUCGUUUAUAUAUUCUCCAGUAUUGUUUUAGGAUAAAUUAACACAGCAGGGAGCUUUGAAAAUUUAGCAAUCUAAUAAACUUGUAUUGUCUGCUCUCAUCCAUGAAGUUUCCAAACUAUUCUAUGCACUGAGUAACUGCUGCAUUUGGUUCUUGCUUUAAAAGGGUUACUAUCGGAGCAACGAGUUCAUCAUUACACAGCAUCCCCUGCCACACACGACUAAAGAUUUCUGGAGAAUGAUCUGGGAUCACAAUGCACAGAUCAUUGUCAUGCUUCCGGAUAACCAGAGCUUUGUAAGUUAUUUAACUCCACAUACUUUAUAUUAAUGAUGUAUCACAGCAGGGAGCAAGAACUGGGCCACUUAACUACAUAUUAUGGCUGUAUUUCAAUGCAAAGCAUAGUUGAUGUCUCCUUUAACAGCUCCAUAAUCCACAGUAUCCAAAGACGCCUGGGAAAGAAGUUGAGGGAAGACAGUGGGAGGGAGGAAACCUGUUGUGUUCUGUCAGCAUCCCUGCAAAAUGUCCCAGUUCUGUGCUGCCCUACUGUGAAGGCAAAGUCUAUCCAGUGAGCUUUUUCAAAAGGAAAGGAAAACUUUAGCGCUUUUGCACCGGUCACCCCUCAGGGAUAUCAACCUCCAUUUGUGACCUCUCUUUCUCAAAUGCCAAUGAGAAAUAAUAUCUGCCUGCCCUUAUCUUCUUGAACAACAGAACAUGUAAAAUUACUUUGUUUACUGUUGCAGUGGAGCUCUAUAGACGGGCAUCUUACAAAACAGCUGAGCAGUAUGUUGUCAUUUCCAUUAAAUUACUGCAGGUGCCUAAAUAGUUGUUAUCCUAGUUGAUUGGUUGUGUAGAAAGACAGAAACACACAGUGAGUUGUUGGCAUAAUGGUUCUUAGUGAGCAGUGAAGUGGCAGUCAUGAUUUAUCUGCACCUUCCCAUAAUAUCUAAUGGAUUUGUGGACUAUGGCACAGGACUAGAAUCUGUAUUCCUCCCAUGACUCUGGUGGUAUUUCUCCUGGAACUGUGGGCUUCUGGUAUAUGAACUCCAAAACUGAUUAGAAGAACAAGAGAGCGAGCCCACAUUUCCAUCUGCUCCAGGGCUCUUUGUCUGCCAGCAUUCGUCACUGGUUGGGACACAAUGUCAUUUUCUAAGGCAGGAGUAGGCAACAUGGUGCCAUUCAGAUAUUGUAGACUGCAACCUCCAUCAUUCCUGACCAUUGGCCAUUCUGUCUAUGGCUGAUGGAAAUGCUCAUUUGCAACAUCUGGAGAGUACCAGGUUGGCUACCCCUGUUCUCAGGUAUUCACACUGAAUUCAGGGUAAGAUGUAGAUUCUAACAGUUAUGUGCCCUUAACUAAGUUUGUGCUGUCCUAAGCAGGUUUUAUUUUGGUUGGAUUUCCCAAACCAGAAUCAGGUUAUCUGGAUCAAUGCUGUUAAGAAUGAGGGGUGUGUGUAUAUGUGUGGUGUUAUGUUUUUAAUGUACUGAUUUUGAAAAUUAAUUUUUAUUCUUCAAAAUUCAUUGUGAACUUACAAUACUUUAAAAAUAUAUAGCAUGAAGUACAACUGUAGGGUGUGUGUGUGUGCACGUGUGUGUGUGUGUGUGUGUGUUAUACACAUAUAGUAACUCUGUAUGUCCUGAAGUUACUAUUAUAAAAGGGAAUUUUGAGGCUUUGAAUCAAGCCCUAAAGGGCUCUAUGGAUAGCAAAUAAAGGAAAUAACAUGUCAAUAUCUAAUGACCUUUGUGGCUUCGAGCAGGUGCUUACCUUAAGACAUGAAAAACCACAUUAUAAAAUGUUAUUGUAUUUCUGCAAAAUCUGUACCUCUCUAUAAAAUUUUAAUUUUAUAAAUGUUCUAAAAUAUGCAGUUCCCUGUGAAACCAAUUAAAUAUCAAACUUGCCCUGAUUGGGAAGCUCAGAGUAUCCCUAUGAUAUUCAUACUGUUGUUUUAACAGGAUACAUUUUGUAAAAAGAAAGAAAGAUCAAUUUGUAUUUCUUCCUAUUAAACCAAGUUUUGGUUCUUUGAAUUUUGCUCAUGUAGAAAGUAAAGAAAUAUACCAAAAAGGUCUGUUUGAUUCAUUUUGUCUUUAGGCAGAGGAUGAAUUUGUGUACUGGCCAAGUCGAGAAGAAUCCAUGAACUGUGAGGCAUUUACUGUGACCCUUAUCAGCAAAGACAGACUGUGCCUCUCUAAUGAGGAGCAGAUCAUCAUCCAUGACUUUAUCCUUGAGGCUACCCAGGUAUAUAAAACAUCCUCCAGAGGUGAAUCUGGAGUCUGCUUGGCAUUCAAAGUACUGCUGCUGUCAGUUAACAAUUGAUAUGCAUUCGUUUCAGUGGGAUUGGUUUAAUGUCUUUGUUUGGUUAUAGUGGACUUAUCAGUUUCCCUCAUUUCUUCCCAGAGGUCUUCUCCUGUCACAUACCAGUUUUGUUUUCAGUAUACCAUUUCCACAGAAGGUCAUAACAUUUCAGCUUUUAUCUGAUCCAAAGGUGAAAGUUCCUCAGACAGGAAUCACACCAAGGGCUUGGUUUUAUUUUCAUUUUUAAGAAGAAUGUACUAAGGGUGCAUGUUCAUUAGCUAUUUCUCUGUAUGCAUCACUGCUAUUGAAAGCAGCUUUUGCGGGCCUCACAAGUGGAGUUGGUUAUUAGGUAUCAAUAUCUAGAUUUUGUUUGGGGCAAGUGAUUCCCUCUUAAGGCAAGAGUGGGGGGUCGUUUUUGUGUUGUGGGCUGUAUUCCCUUGGGUGUAAUCUGUUGGUGGCCACACCACCAGUGUGUGGGACCAAAGUGGGUAGAGUUUUGAAACUGGGCUGCAGGUUCCCCACUCAGUUUUAAGCGGUGUUACCUUCUCUGCAAUGUUCUGUGCAAUUUCUGGACAAAUGGCACCUGCAAGUAGGUUACUCCUAAGUAAGGAGAUCAGUUAUUCUUUAUAUAGCAAGUUGCAACUUCUAAAUGCAAGUGGGCAUGCCAGAGAGCUAGUUGACCCCAUCAUGCCUUUUCUCUAUUCUUACACUCUUUUGUGAGCAUAUGCACUGCAAGUCCGUAGCGAGCACCAUGGAGACAGAUGAGAAAUGAUCAGUGCAGGAGCAGCCAAGGCCCCACAAGUGGGGCACAGUUGCUCUCCAAGCUUUCCAACACAGCAGCUUGCUGGCAUCUACUGAGAGGAAGAGGGUAAGAGUGCAGGGAGUUUGGCCCAAGCAGUGCAUGGCAGCAGGAGCAUCAGAUUGCCAGCACACUGUGACUCACAAUGGGCCAGCUUCCCCAGAAAUCACUUCUCCCUUCUCCAUGCCAACAACCCAGUCUGUUGGGAAGCCAGGAGAGCAAAAAUGCCCCAACCAUGCUGCCUCAUGAACCGCUAACAAACAUAUGUAACUUUUCCUCCACCUCUGAUCAGCCUCCAUAUCCUGAGAACUGGGAAGUAGCCACCCUUUUUUAAAAGAGAUUGCAGGAGUGGGGUGUCCUGGAAAUUACAGGCCAGUUAGCUUAACAUCUGUCCUGGCAAAACUGGUGCAUAGCACUGUUAACAAAUAAAAAAACACACCAAGCAUAUAGAAGAACAAGCAUUGUUGAACAGAAUCAGCAUGGCUUCUAACAUGUUAAGUCCUGACUCAUGAACCUAUUAGAGUUAUUUGAUAGUCAACAAGUAUAUAGAUGUGAUCUGGUUGAUGUAGCAGACUUGCACUUUUAAAAAGCUUUAGACAAGAGUUCCUCACCAAAGGCGGCCACAUAAGCUUAGUUGUCAUAAAUUAAGAGAAGAGGUCCUCUUGUAGGUUAAGUAGCAGAAAGCAGAGAGGAGGAAUAAAUGGUCAGUUCUCCAGAUUGAGAGACAUAGAAAAUGCAGUCCCGCAAGGAUCGAUAUUGGGACCUGUGCUUUUUAACUUGUUCAUAAAUGAUUGAGAGGUAAGGGUGAGCAGUGAAGUGGUCAAGUUUGCUGAUGGUGCUAAAUUGUUCAGGGUUGUUAAAACAAACAAAAAACUAUUGUGAAGCAUUCCAAAAUGACCUCUCUAGACUGAAUGAAUGGGUAGUAGAAUGGAAAAUGCAAUUUAGUGUAAACAAGUAAAAAGUGAUGCAUGUUGGUGCAAAAAACAUCUUUCACAUAGACACUACUUUCACUAGUCAGGGGUCUGACUAGUGGUAAGUGACCAGGACCGAGACCUUGGAUUGUAUAGUUUGAUGAAGAUGUCAGCCCAGUGCGUGGCAGCUGUUGUAAGCUUCCCACGGGCAUCUGGUUAGCCACUCUGAGAACAGGACUCUGGGCUAGAUGGGCCAUUGAUCUAAUUCAGCAAGGACUUCUUUUGUUCUUAAAUAAAAAUGAAGGUUACCACAUGCCACUUGCAGAAAGAGAGUUCCUGCUUCUAUGGGCAGGAGACAAGACAUGCUUCCUCAUAGCAAUCCGAGGCUGGAUUAACUUCUUUUUAGCUAGAGGUGAUCAGUGAAUCUAUCUAAAUGUUAGAAGUGCAUUUUUAAACAUAAAAGUGGAAUUAAAACGAUUAACUGUUGGGUUGGUUUUCGUUUCAGGAUGACUAUGUUUUGGAAGUACGCCAUUUUCAGUGUCCCAAAUGGCCAAACCCAGAUGCCCCAAUCAGCAGUACCUUUGAGCUUAUCAAUGUAAUCAAGGAAGAGGCCUUAACAAGAGAUGGCCCCACCAUUGUUCACGAUGAGUAUGUAUAUCCAUCAAAUCAUAUUCAUUUUAUAGAUUGGAUAAGAAAGAUUACAGUAAAUAUGGACGCUUAUUUGGCCUUUCAUCUGAUUAGUGGAAAGGGGGGCACAAGUAUUUUAUUUGUUUGUUUAUAAAACAAGUCUGUACCACCUAUUGGCUCUAAAAAAGAGCCUCCAACAUGGUUUAUAACAAUAGUAACACAAUUAAAAAGAGCAUAUAAAGCCAAAAUAGCACAGGUAAACAAAAGUAUAACUAGGUAAAAUUUAAGACACAUUAAAAGCCUGACAGAACAAAAAUGCCUUAAUCACUCACAUAAAGAACAGCAGAGAAAGGGCCACUCUAAUCUAGUUCACAGUUAGGGUGCUGCCAGUGAAAAGGACCUACCCUUCCCCCCCCAAAAAAAAAAAAUCACCUUGCAGAGCAGGGCUUUGGAAGUUGAUGAAGAUUGACUAGCAGGUUCAUGCAGAAAUAGACCUUCCUUUACAUAUCCUGGUCCCAAGCCAUUUCAGUAUCUUAGAUUGGGCCUGUAACAGAAUUGGAAGCCAGUACUUCAUCCACCAAGGCAAUCAAAGCCAUUUCUGUCCUCAAGCUGGGCUUCAACCCAGAUCAGAAAGGAUCUAAAUAAUAAGAGUCUUGUCCAAGAAAGCUUGGGUUUGAGUUGCCACCAUUGCGGAGAAAGCUUUUCAAUAAAGGUCUCACAACUAAUUUCUCAUUCAAGGAAGAAUUCAGAGUUCCAACCACCCACUUGGCCAGCCUCCCAUCUGGCAUUCUUAAUCGGCCGCAAUGGACACGGACCAAAAUGCAAGCGGUUAGCCUCAGGCUAAACAAGCUAAAAUUUAUCCUUCAAAACAGUACAAGCAGUAACCUCAAACAAAGCCAUAGAUUCCCGCUUCCAGUGCAGAGUUUAAGCUGGAAUACAUGCAAGUGAAUUCAUCAGCAAAGUGUUUUGCAAAGUGGUCACAGCAGGCUGCCAAGGGUUCCUCCUUGCUAACUUGUGGACUAGCAUGCAACCAUCUCCUCAUCACUUGGAACAGCUCCACUGACUGACCCAUGUCAAUGCACUGGUGAUUAAGAAGUAUAAUUUCUUCGGUGCCAUCAUCACCAUAGAAUAGGUCUUGGAACGAAUUUCAACACAUUUCUAUAGACCACAUGUUCAUUAAAAAAUAGAGCAAGGCAGUAUACAACACACAAAAUUACAAUAAUUGGUUUGGUUAAAUACAUCUUGAGUAUUUUCCACUGUCACUCUGGCUACCCAGCCAGUCAUUGCAUCACCCUAGGUUUUUCAGAAAACCAAUGAGCCUGAGUUCUACCCAUGAAACAGGGUGCUUGGCAGUGGUUGUGUCAAUGCUAAAGGCAUUUCCUAUUCUGGAGGUCAGCCACAACAGCCAUAUUGGUAGAAGAAUCCCCAGAACACUCAGGAGUCCAUCAGGAACAAUUAUUCACCAACGGUGAUACAUCAUAAUGGGCUCUCCAAGACCUUUUCAGCCAGUGACUUGUCCAUGCCAGUGGUGUUAUUUCAACCCUACACCCUUACACAGAACAAGCAACCACCAAGAUUGUGUCCUGCAGCAUGUGUAGGACUAGAUAUUGAGGUAGGUCAGUGGUUCUUAUGGAGACCAUGACAUCCUGGCCUACUAAGCAAAUUGCUGAAAAAUCAAGUGCUUUCUCUGUGUACCUUGGGUUCUUUCUCCAAAUCAGAACAAAAUGUGCGGAUGAGACAUUCAUUCAAGAAGCUACCCAGCCCAACACAGCAAUCAACUAAUGAGUGUGUGUCCCUCCAGUGUCUUUUACAUACUUUCUUACUUAGUUAUUUUUGUCCCUCUCCUUAGGAAAUGAUGGCUGGAUGUGUGGUGUAUUAUCAUCAUGCACAGAUGGGUCUGAAAAGAACAAUUAAGGGCUCUAUAUAUGACUUUUCUUUCACAUCUUGACUUGCUAAAGUGCAUUAUAAAAUACAGAUGCUUUAGCCAAAACAAUAUUAAGUCAUUGCUAGUUUUAAUGCUCACCUAGAUUCUGAAUACUUUUGCUGCUCUUGAAAUAUUCAAAAUUAAGACAGUUAUUGAUCUGGGCAUUUUGUGAGACAAAAAAUAUCAAACCUCUAUUUCUAACAGUGCUGAGUCAUUUCUUUGUAAAUUGCUUUUGGGGUUAUUUGUUAUAUUCACUGAUUUUUAUUUUUAUGCCUUCAUACAUAAUAUAUGUUCCACUUUUAACUGCAUUCUGAGGAAAUGUAGCUGAAAAUGAAAAUUUUCCUUCUGUGCACUCGACCACAUCAUCACUUAUUUUAUUCAUUAAUACAACAGCAAACUAAUCCCAAGUAUAGGUACACCUAUCUGGCAGAGAUUAUAGGUGCAAUUCAAAGAAAACUAAAGCUGAUACACAGUCAUCAGAUUUUCAUUGCUGCUUGACAGGGGACUUUAUGAUUCACCUAUGAGCAUCUGAAUGCAACUGUUCUGUGGGUUUGCAGGUAUGGAGCAGUGGCGGCUGGAACAUUAUGUGCCCUUACCACUCUGUCCCAGCAGCUGGAGAAUGAAAAUGCUGUUGACGUUUUCCAGGUGGCAAAGAUGAUCAAUCUGAUGAGGCCUGGAGUAUUUACAGACAUUGUAAGUCUUUAAAAAGGAGAUAAAAUCUAUGCACAUGUUUGGCAUACUGUCCCAUGCCCCUGUGCCCGUGAAGUCAGAUAGCUAAAAGACUCCUCUUCCACAUACAGUCAUAGAGUCUCCACCAGUUUUGCUGCCAGAUAUCCUGCACAACUAAGAACCACAGUGCAGCAAUAAGCACCAUCUUAGACCCUGACCUUUAUUUAUCUAGGGUCGGAAUACCCUUUCCUUCUUAAAUCCAACAAACAGAGUUUGUUCCAGGAUGGAGAAUAUCCAUGGAGUCAGUGCUACCAUUCAGCUACUUUUUAACUUGUCAUAUUCCUGCAGGGUUUGGGGUUUUUAGACUAUAGUUCAUUACAGUUUUCACAAUAUUACAACAAAACAAUGCAGUACCUUAUUCGCUCUUUUCCCUCCCGGCUUCCCCAUCAACCUCUGUCCCUAUGCUCCUUUAUUUACUUCAAAACAUGUUCGUUUCUAAUACGUAGUCAUUAAGUACGCUACACAGUGUUCAGACUUACAUGCUCAGAUAAGGGUUAGAAUGAAUGAGUGGCAGUGCUCUGCUUUGGUCCCAGAUGAACAUCUGUUAAAUUAGAGAUGUUUCCAUCCCUGCAUUGUGCCUGUAGGCUUCACAGGAAGCACAGGACUCUUUAGACUAGAUCAGAGCAGAAAGGAGGUGCACGUAAUAUUAAAAGAAGGCGAGUAAACAAACCUUUAUUGAAGAUGUAGUUUGUGAGAGGUGACUGAAAAAAAGAUGAGGGUGAUUCUAUUGCAAUAAGUGGGCGGGGGUCCAGCUGUAACGCACAACCAACAAAAUUGAUUGAAGAGGCAAGUCUUUUGGUUGAAUCUGUGUUACUGCCCUUUGUAAAUAGUUAUUUGUAAAUGUUCUCUCAACUUUGUAAUUAUUCAACAAAUUGGCCGCAUGACUUAAUUUUGUUUCAUUGGUACUGUACCUGGCUUUGGGAUUAUUUUCUAAUGCAAGGUUGGUAACCAUGUUUAUAUUGUGGGUUAUCAGAGUAUGGGAGAGCUACAAGAUUAAAGGUGUCAGGCUAGGGCACAGCAAGCAAUACUGAUCCCCCCUAGAAAACGCAAGUUGAACAUUUUUCUUCCUUGAAUGUUAGGUUGUUUUAAAUGUUCUGAUCUUUCCAUUCCAGGAGCAGUACCAAUUUCUUUACAAAGCAAUGCUAAGCCUGGUCAGCACUAAGGAAAACGGAAAUGGCCCCAUGGCACUGGACAAAAAUGGUGCUGUUAUGGCCAACGACGAAUCAGAUCCUGCAGAAAGCAUGGAGUCUCUUGUCUAA